GACACUCGUUGACGGGCGCUGGCGUCAUUCAGUCGCCUCCGCGCCUUCGGAUUGGUCGCGCCGCCUGCUCGUCCCGUAGCUCUGCGUUCUGGUGGGCGGGAGCUUCCGCGGCUGAGAGGAGCUGAGCCGGCGGUGGUGAGGGCCGGGGUUCUUUUUUUUUGCGCGCUCGGGGAAGUUUUCUGUGGGAGGCUGCGGAAGGGGAAGGCGGCCAAGUGCGGGCAGCUGGGAUGGAGUCGUGACCAGGUGAGUGCAAGCGGGGCUUCGGGAGGGAGCGUGCCGGCAGCUCCUCGCCCCGCCCGCCCGCUGAGGGGGGGAAUGUCCCUCCAUGUAUGGGGCAGGGAACCGCCCCUCUGGGAAGCACGAAGCGGGGCUGCCCCGGUUGCUGGGAGAGCCUGGCCUUGGCUCGCCUCACGCUCCUCCUUUGCCCCACGGCGGAGGCUGGCGGGAGAACCGCGCCCUCCUUCUCCCGUCCCACACGAACCACGCAGCCCCCCCCCCCGUCGCCCCACGCCGUUCUCCUUUGCAGCGCCCCCUUCCCACGACCGGGCCUUUCCUUCGGGUACGUGACUCUGGCGUGGCCCUCCCGCCCCUUUGCUAUGCGCUCGUGAGUAAAACGGCGAAUGUUCCGCCUCCCCGGCCCCCAAAUAAUUCCCCUAGAAGAGCCACCGAAGGUAUCCUUUUUCUCCAUCAGCCGCCAGCCAGGCUUCUGCUUUUCCCCGUAACGCCCCCCUCCGCUGUGUCAUUUCACCGUUUGCCGAACGGAUUUAUCAUCCCUCCCUUUCCACUGUUUUCAACUAUUGGGUUUUUAUUGGACGACAAGAAUAAACCUCCAGGAUCAUCACCACCACCACCAAAAAAUUUUUGGGGUUGUUUUUUUUUUGUCUUUGAGACUCUUUUCCUCCGAGAAAAUUUUAAUUGCAAAGGAAAUGUAAAUGUACUGGAUCUUCUCUAUGUAAUUUCAAGAAUGCAAGAUUGUCCCUGAUUCAGUUUCAGAAUCGUAAUCUGCAAUCUGUGUGGAAGACUGUUUUGAGAAUAUGGGCUGAGCUGAUCACACCCACCCACUGGCACAUGUAGGAAUCUGCGUUGAGCAUAUAGAUUCAGGAUGAAUUAUCAUUUGAUGCUUCCCAGAAUCCUGUGCUGGAGGGUGGUUGAAUGCGGCUGGCUCAUUGUGGGCUGGAGGCCAGCAAGAAUAUCCUUUGCUAGUACUUUCCCUGCUGCUUAACAUCCAACGAUCUGAGCUUGUGAAUAGAAUCACACUGGCACUUAUAGUUCAUCCAUAGUUAAAGAUGCAUCCUCUUUAACAGCAUAAAGACAUGGGACUCCUCUUGGGUUUCCCACUUUGAAAGCAUCUGGACAUCACAUGGUAGCAACUUGCAGAAGAGUGAGCGUAUUCACUGGUUGCAAUAAAAGCAGGCUUAUGAUACCUUAAGGCAGGGGUAGGGAACCUCAGGCCCUGGGGUGGUUUCCAAAUGCAUCCUUUUAGGCCUCUCUAGCCAGUCCUUGGGGCUCUGCCCAAGCCACACCUCUUAUCAGCCAUUUGCCUUCCUUGAGUGCUUUUGCUUGGCAAGAAUUUGUUCUUGAACUGUAGUAAUGCUUCUUGUUUGCCUGGAUGAAGAGGGGUGUGUGUUUGAAUGUUGAGAAAAAUCUGGUUUAUGUGUGGCUUGAAUGUACAAAUGUAAGCAUUGCAUCUGUUGCUUUGCCCACUUUUCCCCCUCUGGUGUUGCCGUGUCUAGUAGGCGAGAUCUAGAAGGUUGCCUGCAAGGCAUUGUGGCCCUUAGGCUGAAAACGUUUAUUAUGGCAUAAGUUUUCUUGUACACUUCUUGUUUUCAAACACUGGAGUGACUUGUCAGAUCAGUCCUGUGUUAGUAAGUCUUUAUUGCCCUAGCUAAUUCUGUAGCAAGGGAUUUGCAUACUUGUUGACCUAGUGAAGGUCUUGAGCAGGAGCCUCCCUUUUUGUUUCCCAGGGUAGUAUCUCAAGAGUGCAGUUCACCAGCUUUGAGGAGUAUAGUAUGGGAAAAUGGUAGUUAUGAAAUUAUGGCAUGGGAUUGUGUAACUUGGUGCAAUGAAAAGUACAGUACAUGAGUAUAGGUGGGCAGAAAAUGCAUGAGCAUGCAAGAUUUGGUAGGCAUUUUUAAUCCAAAGAUGAAAUAAUUACAUCAAAAUUUCCACUGCACUCCAUAUUUUGCAUCUCUAUUUAAGGCACACAGAAAAGAAUGUGAAGAUUGAUAUUUCAGGUGUGUAGAAAAAUAGUUGGUAUGUGUAUAAAUAUUGAUUUUAAUAUCAAGCUUGAUACAGUAUUUUAAAAAUUGCUCUAAAUGGUGUGCAGUAUGAAACAAACAAUAUAAUUAAGACAAAAAUGCAAUAUAAAACCAAUGAAUGUCAGUUUUGGUGUCAUUGUAUACAGAUAGAGUAUAAGGAUGAAUAACUUCUAGGUACAAAAUAUGCUCUGAAGUAGAAAAAACUGUGAUCAGCAGGGUGCCCUUUUUCUAUCAUUGGGAUACCCUGGGAAACUCACCAAGCAUAUUGCACCUGGUGCUGGGUGUGGAGAGUGCACCUAAUUGCUUAAUGUAGUGUUUCUCAAACUUGGGUCCCUAACGGUUGUUGAACUACACCUCACAUCAUCCCUCCCCACUGGUCCUGCUAGCUUUGGAUUAUGGGAGUUGUAGUUCAACUACAGCUGGGGACCCAAGUUUGAGCAACAGUGGCUUAAUGGAACACAGGUGUGUGGGCAGCCUGAAGAAGCUCCAUCCACUUUGGUGCCUGCCCAUAAAAGCAAGCCCUGAUCAUGGGACAGUGAAGCAGCUGGAGAAGAUAGGGCAGAGGCUGCAGAAAGAACUGUGAGUGGAGAGGCGGCUUAUUUGUAUUAGUGUAAUAUUUUUAUAUGUUAACUUUUUUUGUAAUAUUUAGUGUUUGUUUCAGUUUUCUGUAUACUUCAUAGAUAUGUUUUUUAUGUAUUACGUAGCAUAGAACUGGUGUAAUAAAUAAAAAUUCACUGAUGAUAUUGCUUCGAGGCCUGUUUCCUGCUUUCUGUGGAUAGCUGACUUCAUACAUGACAGAAAUAUGUUUAGCAAAAACUUGCUCUGCUAAUUAAAGUGGGUGCCUAGGAAGUGCAGAAUGAUUUUUUUGAGGGAUAUUGCUUAUUGGAAGUUGGCACUGCCCAUCUAUUGUCAUUAUGAAAGCUGAAUAACUUGGAGUUUCAUUCUUAGUUGAGUUUGAAGUGUAUAGUUCUUACAUCUAUCCUUAUGAAUCAUCAGGUUUUUGGUCUAUUGGGACACGUAAAGAAAUCCUUCAUGUUGGUAGAAUAGUUAAUACAAUGUAUGAUAGUUUAAAGUGAGGAAUGGAAGCUAAGGUGGUGGUAGAUUGUAAGCACAUGCUAUGCUAGCAGUAUGUUGAAUACUAAUAGUAGUGCUAGGAAUCUAGUAAAUUGCCUUAUACAGUGGUACCUCGGGUUACAUACGCUUCAGGUUACAUACGCUUCAGGUUACAGACUCCGCUAACCCAGAAAUAUUACCUUGAGUUAAGAGCUUUGCUUCAGGAUGAGAACAGAAAUCGUGCUCCGGCGGCCAGAACGAAUUAAGUACUUAACCUGAGGUACCACUGUACUGAGUCAGACCUUUAGUCAUCUAGCUCAGUAUUGAUUACACUGACUGAGCUUUCCAGGGUUUCUGACAGGAGCUUUUCACAGCCCUUCCUGGAGAAGCUGGGAAUUGAACCUGCAUGUGAGGCAGAUGCUCUAUCACUGAACUUAUAGCCCUACGUAUAGCUGGGAAUUUGGAAAGACCAGUGAAGUCCAGAUAUGCACAGAACUCUCAAGUGAAGCAUGGUAGCGAUAAUGCCCUUUGUUGCUUGGCCCACCAUUGGCUGCUGUAAAAAACUGUCCUUUUUGAAUUUGAUGAAUUGUUUUAAAAAUCUGUGUCUGCUUGUGGCCAUCACAACAACCUGUGACAAAGAAAUCCAUAAUUUUUUUUACAUUAUGUGAAGGAUUUUCUCAUCACGUGCCACAAGUUUGUUGUCUUUAAGUUCUCUUGGCUGAAAUGUACUGAGAAUUUUUAUUUGCUUCUCCUUGCUGUUAGUAGUUUUGUAAACCUUUAUCAAAUUGAGCCUCAGACAUGAACAUAUUUUUUAACCUGAAUAUUCAGACUUCUUAUGAAGAAAUGCAGAAGGAUAUUACUGAUUGUUUUAAUUUCCCUUUUCUCUAUUUUUGUAAUUUACUUUAAGUGAAACUUUAAUUCCUUUGUGUUGGUGAGGUCCUAUAGGCAUUUCAUGACUGUUGAAGAUUACAGUUUCUUUCAAUUCAUCAUUCUGCUAAAACCAGAUUGCUUGAAUUUCAGUGAGACAUUCUACAUCUGAAUAUAUUGUUUUUACAUGUGUUUUUAACUAAAAUAGAAAUAGCAUGCAGAUUGGAAGAGGAUGGGGAAAUUAAGUAAAGGGAUACUCUGGACACACCAGCCAAUUCCAGAGCAUAGUGGUCGGGAUUCAACUAAGUCCAGUCAGUGGAAGCCCUGCACAAGGACUACUGCGUGCAAUGGGUCUUUUUCCUUUCUCCUCCGUCCACUUCCUCAAAAUUGGCUCUGGGGCGGUUGGGGAUCCUUUGGUUUGGUCUGGCAAACCCAAAUGCUUCCCUGCCAAAACAGUUGUUUUAGCACAAUGUUGAAUUCGUCCCAUAGUGUUUAUGUGUUUGUGCACAAGAUGUAAGAAUGAUACAGAAUUUGAUAUUGGUGAGUACAGCAUUCUGCAUGCACAAGGACUUGGUCAUAGGGGUCAGUAUGCAAACAGCUAUCUGUCCUUUGCUGUGUCUUCCUGCCUAGGCUUUUAAUCCCAUCAGUUCUUUGCUUCUUCCUUGUCUCCACUCUUUAGAAAUCACAUGAAAAUAUAGGGAUGAAUUCAGCCUUUGUUCUUAGUUUUGCUGUAUAUAUAAGUUGAAACUGUCUUUAUAUUUUAACUCACUGUUUUGGGUUGCAGCCUUACCUAGGAAUAAAGCACUUCAGCUCAGUAUAACUUCUGAGUAGACAUACCUAGGAUUGCAUUGCACAUUUGUGGUACUGAAAGCUGUGUUGAUUUUAAAUAGCAGUAUAACUUCUAAUAUGUUUCCUCUUGCUUGCUCCUCAAGUACUGGAGACAAGAAAGAAUCCUUGUUAAAUUCAUUUUACUGUGGGCCUAACUUUGGAAUGGGCAAAUUAGUAUAACUUCAGGAGACUACUCAGCAAUGAACUCAUCUUCCAAACUUCAUGUCUUUAGGAAUAGAGAGGAUAAUAGUGUCUAGUUUGGUUUUUGUUUUAAAUAACUUUUUAUUGGGUUUUAUACAAGGAUCAUAGGAAUAAUAAAUGAUACAAAUAAACAGACCAAGUCUUCUCAAUUUGCAGUAAUAUCUACAAUAUAUGGUCAUUAUUAAUGGUCCAGGUGUAAGUUCUUGGCUCGUGAAUUGGUCUAAACAAAAACAAAGGGGAAACAUGAUAGAACAGAGUUAACCGAUAACAUUCAGCAUCACAUAGCUAAAUGCCUAAUCAGGAAUCUUUGUGGUAGUGCUUAGAUGAAGUAUGAGUAAUAGUCAUUUUUCCUAUUUAUGUUUCCAUUGAAACAAUGUACCAUAUAUUGAUGAACAUGGGAGUUCAAAGUAGAGAUAAUUAUGCUUAAAUUAACGUUUAGAUCAACCAGAUUGAACCAAAUGCUGAUGGAGGGGAUUGUUCAUUUUCUGGAAUACUGACAUAUGUUAUGAAAUUAAAUCACAUGAGGGUAAAGCCAUCUUUCUUGAUCUGUCCACAUGUCAACCAUAGUUUACUUAUUAAUCUCUCAAGGAAGGCUGUUUUCCAAACUAUUUUGUACCAGUUGUCUACCAUUGUGCUAGAAAGGUCUUUCCAGUGUCUGCUUAUGUUGCGUCAUGCCGCUUGUAAUAAAUUACAUAUUAAUUUUUUAUUAUGCAAAUCCAGAUUGUUGUCUUGAAAUACAUUUAAUAAAGAUAAUUCAGGUAUGACAUACAAUAGUGUCUAGUUAAACAAAAUGACACAAAUCUUGCAAAAUGAUGUGUAUGAAUUCUUACUGUGUAUGAAUAUUUGAAAUUUUGUGGAAUUCUUUUUAUAAGCACUUUAUGGAAAAAUAAAAUUGAUAGUUUGAGGACCAUCUUUGUGACACAAUUUUAGAAAAAGGCAAAUAGUUUUAACUAGUAUAUUGGAACUUGCAAUUUUAACCUUGUAGUGAAUAUCAGUUCUUAAAUUUAAAUAUAAUAGUUUUAGAGGUCUACGAAUUUGCUUGAUGCUUGUAAAUAGCUUGUUUUCCUGUUAAUUUUGUGGUAUUAUGACAAAUUUGAAACUGGAUACAGUAUAGUUAAGCUUUUGUGGAGUUACAGCAGGAAUAUAAGGGAGAAUGACUUGAGAUUAAAAUUCCCUUUCACAAAGGAAUUCCGAAAUAUGUUGUGCCACUUGAGACUUUUAUUACAUGAGCUUUGGACCUGUUGUAAGUAUAAUUGUGUUACCUCUCUUCCUUAAGCCUUCCCAACUAUUCUGGUUUGCCUUGCCCAGUGGCACUUUUCUGUUUUUUUAAAAAGCUGCUUCAUAUUGUGUUUUGUUGAUCUUACCUGGUUUGGAGUAAUGCAAACAUUAAUUUCAUUAAUUUCAUUAGUUUUAAUAGCUGCUAAUCAAGAAAAAAACACCUGUCUGCUUUGCUGUGUCUGUCAUAAAUCCAUUAGUGGAAAAAGGAAGACGAUUGAAUACUGGAUAGUGACAAGAUAUCUGUAGUUAUUUGCCACUAAUGAGGCAUUUGUAUUCUUUGUAACCAUGGUUCUGGGGUGUUUUCAGUAAUGGGAGAGAUUACUCAUGGUAAUAUAUGAUACAUUGGAGUAAUUUGCUAGUCUCUGAUUACCCAGUAACAAGGAAGAUAUAUUAUGGGAACUUGAUUCAGUGUAAAAGCCAUUCUUAUAGGAAAAGGGAGUCUCUUGUGAGAUUAGGUUAAAGGGGGUUCCCUUACUAACAACAUACGAAACAAAUUGCAGUUGGGAUAGAGUUGACCUAAGUUUAAAAAAUAUUGAAGCAAGGAUAUAAUUUUCACAGAUAACUUUAACUUGGAAAUAAGGUUUCUAGCUAUUGGUUCUUGAAUAGCCACUAGAAACAGUAAUGUAUGCUAGAGAUCCCUGAUAUGGAUAGAAAAUGUUGAAUAUUUCAUAAGGGUUUAAAACAUCUGAAGGUUAUGAAAUCCCAACUGCACUGGCUGCCAAUAAGUUUCUGGGCCCAAUUGAAAGUGCUGGUUUUGACCUAUAAAGCCUUAAAUGGCUCAGGACCACAAAUAACUCAAGAACUACCUCUCUCCAAAUGAACCUACCAGGACCCUGCGGUAAUCAUGUGAGGCCCUUCUUUGUGUGCCUCUUCCACGAGAGGUCUGGAGGGUCGCAACACAGGAAUGGGCCUUUUCUGCAGUGGCUCCCCAUUUGUAGAAUGCUUUUCUCAGGGAGGUACAGCUGGCACCUCCAUUAUACACCUUUAGGUGCCAGGCAAAAAGCAAAGCAUUCCUCUUCAACCAGGGCUUUGGCAGACUGACAUCCUAUAUGGUUUUAAAUGUCUUUAUGGGAGAGGGGUUAUAUUUUGUUUCAUUUUUGUUUGUGUUAUUAUUAUUAUGUCUUUUGUGUUUUUAUAUUGUAUUUUUAUGCUGUGAAUCGCCCUGAAGGGCAGUAUACAUAGUUAAUAAAUGAUGAUAAUAAUCCAGCCCUUUGCACACAUGCCACUCACUUACAACAGAGUGGCCCACUCAGUGUGCAUGAUAGCGUUUCAAAGAAAGUGCACCCUUUAAAGAGGGGUUUGUGAUGUGAGAAAUGUUUAAAGUGGGCAUUUCAAGUGCUUUAAAAAUCUAAGCUCUGUCAGAACGCCCAGAUGCAAAGUGUUUUAAUAACUUUAUUUUUGAGGUCUAAAUGAAAGGUCUUUAAUGUGAUAUAAGAAGCUAACUGAGCUGCAUUGUGAAGCUAAUGAGUAGAAAGAGGAGUCUUUUGGGCUUCUAUCUGUCGCACUUCCAUUGCGGUUUUAUUCUGCUUAUUGUUACUUUAGUAACCUAUGCUUGUUGUGUACUAACAUUUCUUGGUUGUAAUAGUUUAGGAUUCUUCAUUCUUUUUUAAAAAUAAAAUAAAAUUCCAGUUAUGUCCUAUAGCAGAUGGUUGGACAGGAGUGAUUAAAAUUAAGAGUUGCAACGCUGAAAAGAGUAUAUACUUCAGUGCAGCUUUGGGCAGUGCACACCUUCAUUAGGACUUUGCAGCGCUACCAAGGACUAGCUGAAACUGCUGGGCUAUGCUUGCUUUUGUCAUUUUAUUUUGAAGGUAGGUAGAUGUCUGCUAUCGCCUCAGUAUGUUUUUGCAGUGUGACUACUUUGGUGACAUUCUUUAAUUAUAGAGAAGGCAGCUUUCAUUUUCUGCCUCUGGCCUUCUUAAUUUUGGAAUUCUAAUUAAACAUGUGAAAGUUGGGUCAGCAGUUAGUGUUUUACACAGAGCAGCUGAAACUUACCUUUCUUAGGAACCUUCCUUCAAGUUCACAUGUACAUUUUGGAUUCAGGUAAUUUGAGAAACUAUGGUAGCAACAGUGAACUCCAUUCCAACAUGCACAUUUUAAAUUUGUUUUUGUUAGUGGGAUAGCCUUUGCUUGCUUGCUUUUUAGCCUUUGCUUUCUCAGAACCUUCUUUCUUGCCAUUGUAGAAGUUACAGGCAUUUUAUUUUCUGAUUGAAUUUGCUGUUUAGAAAUCAAGUAGGGAAUUUGAUCUGAUGACAUUUCAUUUGCUUUUUACUUUACCUUGCAUCUCCAUUACCUUGUCGCUGUCAGAAGUAUUCCCAUUUUCUUAUUCCCAAACAGACAAAACCUCUUCAAAGUUUAAAGUUGGAGACUGUGCAGGGUGGAGAUGUUGAGUUGCUGAGCUUUGAAAAGGGCUGCCAAGCAUUUCUUCCUUGGUCUAUUCUGCCAUUGUCUACAGAUUAUGACUGCAUUUAAAGAUUUGGGUGCCACAGUACUUGGGUGCCUGGAAGCUUUCAAAAAGUCCUACUUGCUGUGUGUGUCUUGCCUAACUAGGAGGGGAAAGCUAACUCCUUUCCAGCUGUUCCUACCAUGUGACAGGCUUUUUAAAAAAGUGUGGGAGUGUAGGGGUGGGGUCAAGAGCAGAGACCUUGAGAUGGAAAGGGAGGCCUUAUGGACUAGAGGUUCAUUAUUCUUGCUGUACAGGAAUUCAUAACUUUGCUUUGUGGUUUUCAUAAUGGGGAAUAGAGGGAGGGACUCUUCCUUCCUUCCACAUAGACAACAGAAAUCAUAAUUAGAAACUUGGGAUUGUUAAGUUUAGAUGAAGGAUCCUAGACUCUUGAUGGUUGUAGGGAGAGCUACUUGAGCUUUUAAAUAUGUAACUGGUGGGAGAAAGAGGGAUAUGAAAAUCAAACCCCUGUUGUGGCAUUCAGAUCAGAGGCUCUUUCUUAAUGCCAGUUGGAGAAUUUCCAUGUUGUUCAACUACUAAACUCUGAGUCACCACUAGCAAAGGCAGAUAACCCAUUGUAAUUGCUAGAAUACCAACAGCUUAGCUGGAACAUGUAAACAAUGGUGUAUAAACUUUUCCACUGAAUUAUAAGUUUAUGAGCAAGACAAGACUUCUGCAUCUCUUACAGUUGACGUUAUUUUCUCGGGGGAAGGGGACUUGUGAAAGUUAUUUUAUUACAGUACAGUCAUACCACACAGCUGGAAAAGAGGUGGGGGAAAACUUCAUAGUGGUUCUGUUACCAGCUGUGUAGUUGAGCUGUGGACAUAACAUGGCACUAUUAAGAAAAAUAAAAUACAUGAGAUGAUUAAAAAUUGCUUUCUUACAUAUGUUUAUUGACUAAUCAUGUAAGCUGGGGUGAGGCAGAAAAUAUGUUGGGAUCUGUUGGAAUUUGGAACUUAAGUUGUUACUCAUUUCCAUUGUGUGCCCAAGUGGUCUAAAGGGCUUUACCUUUUCUUUUUUUAUUUCUCAUUUCUAUUUACAAUAUUUCAAGACCCUCAUAUUUUGGAGAAAAGAGUUAAGGAAAAGGAGCUGUUAUAUACCGGUAAAUGCUUUACAGAAGGGCUAUCUUAGCAGCUAAGACUAAUGGCUAAGCCUUCACUGCAGUAAAGUGUCUCCUACAUUGCCUUCUGUUAGAGUCCCAAGCUAGAUUUUUAAAGCUGCAGCAUGCCAUUGACUUACUAAGUAUUACUGCAUAGAUGUCUAUGCCAGAAAAGAAGCAGGUAUUGGGAAAGAAGUGCUUUAGCAUAUCUUCUCAUGAGGCCUUUAACGUCCACCUCUUGGCAAACUGGCUUGCUAAUUAUCUGUUGUGGGACUACCCAACAGGCAUAAAGGAAGUGGUUGUGCGUAGUGUAGUCAUAACCCCUCACCUUUCUGGAUAUUCCUGGGAACUUCCAUGGUAGUUGACUGAGUGAUCUUUGGCAGUAGGGAAGUCAAUUAAAUCUGAUGGUUGAGGCAGUACAUUGCACACCCUUGUCUGGAAGAUUGUGAGAAGUUGGAUAGCUCAGUUGGGUAGAGCAUAGUGCAGGCACAAUCUUCGUAAUGGGCAGCUGCAUAUUCCUGCAUUGCAUUGGGGUUGAACUAGAUGAUCCUCAGGCUCCCUUCCAGCUCUACGAUUCUUUGAUUCUAUUUCACCUUUUGUGACUGCUUAGAGCUAUUGAAAGAAACUAAGUUGUGUUAAGAGGCAGGAAGGAAUGGUGCUCAAAAAGCAUGUCAUUUUAGAUUGCUACUGGCAUUUAGGCUAAAAUGUGGUAAAAUGUUACCAAAGUACAGGGACCACAUCCAGUUGUGUGCAUUAAAAUUCAAUGUUAGACCUAUUCUUUAAAUACUUUUUUCUUUUAAUGUGGUUUCUCGUUUGUUCAGUUCUGGCUCUAGAAUAUGAAGAUGCAGAAGCAAAAAUCACAUUAAAUAUAUCAUUCUUGUGAUUUGUAGCUAAGGCACACUUGUAGAAGCAAGUAAAACUUAGUCUAUUAUUAUGUCCCUGGCAGCUUCUUCCAGUUGAGAGCUCUUGCUCUUCAAAGAUUAAAGCAUUCUUUUGCAUACACAAAUUAAUGUAAUGAAAAUUUCAAACUGAAAUGUUCUGGUGGUGAUUACCAUCAGGUUCUACCAACUUUACAGUAGUUUAUACCCUUAUUUUUCAUGAAAACCUGGGCUGUCACCUGAGUACCAAUGCUGCCACAUGAUGGAGGUUGGAAAAGAUAAAUGCUAACAGGAUAAAUAUGGGGUUGUAUAUUUACAACCUUUCCACCUGGGCUAGGGGGCGAGGCCCAGACUCACCAGCCCUACUGAAGAAGCUCCUCAAGAGGUCAGAGGAACAUCGUCCUGCCAUUGUUUUAUUGAUUUAAUACGCUAUACACAACUUUGAGGUUUUUAUUAAAAAUAUAAAGCGGUACAGAAAUUGAAAAAUUAAAAAAAAUUAAAAAGAAGGUCGGUGUUUCGAAUCCCCGUGAUGGGGUGAGCUCCCGUUUCUUGGGCCCUUCUCCUGCCAACCUAGCAGUUCGAAAGCACAUCAAAGUGCAAGUAGAUAAAUAGGUACUGCUCCGGCGGCAAGGUAAAUGGCGUUUCCGUGUGCUGCUCUGGUUCGCUAGAAGUGGCUUAGUCAUGCUGGCCACAUGACCCAGAAGCUGUACGCCGGCUCCCACUGCCAGUAAAGCGAGAUGAGUGCUGCAACCCCAGAGUCGUCCGUGGCUGGACCUAAUAGUCAGGGGUCCCUUUACCUUUUACUCAGAGUAGAUUGAAAUUAAUAUACCUACGUUACUAAGGUCCAUUCAUUUAAACAAAUCUACUCCUGAGUAUGACUGGCUUGGCUCAUGAUCUAUAUUUGGUGCACUAUUGGUAUGUUCAAAGUGGGAUAUGUCUAGGGUUAAGGAAAUUUAGAUAUAGUUCUCUUUGGUAAUACUUUUUUCAGAUGAAGCGGCUUGUAUUGUACAGUGGUACCUCAGGUUAAGUACUUAAUUCGUUUCGGAGGUCCGUACUUAACCUGAAACUGUUCUUAACCUGAAGCACCACUUUAGCUAAUGGGGCCUCCCAUUGCCGCUGCGCCGCUGGAGCACGAUUUCUGUUUUCAUCCUGAAGCAAAGUUCUUAACCUGAAGCACUAUUUCUGGGUUAGCGGAGUCUGUAACCUGAAGUGUCUGUAACCUGAAGCGUAUGUAACCCGAGGUACCACUGUAAUUCCUCAUGCAUAAGGCAUGUGGAGAGUGCACUGCUAUUCUAAAUUUGUGCACUACUCCAUAUGUUGCUGCAGUAGCCACUUAGCAGAAUCUGAUAAUCUGAUAGUCCCAUUAUUGCAUAGACAUAUUCAAGUAUAUACUCCCAUCUAAAACUGUUGCUGCUUUGUGUCACUUAAGACUUGCUUAGGCUGCAUUUAGUAUGCUGCAUCAUUUACUGUAUUUGUAAAUAAAGACUUUGUAAUUUACAAAAACUUUAUUUGUAAAUAAAGACUGUUUCUGUAUACAUUGUACACUCAAAAUUAACCAGUAAGAUGUUAAAAGAAUCACAAAUUGUCUCAACUGGGAUUUGAUCCGCAUAUGCAAACAAACCAGGACUGGAUUAAACCAAGAAAUAAUUUAUUAAGUUGUGCUUGUGAAGGGAGGAGUAUUGUUCGUGAUUCUCCAAACCACAGGUAGAGGAGGUGUCAUCUGAAUGUAGCCUUCAAAUACUGUCUGAAUCCUGACAUUGCUUUAGAGGGGAUGCCAAGCAACUUAAAUUUGGUGGCAACAAGAUGGGAGCUGUUUUGUUUUUUAUCUGUAGGUAACAUGGCUUAAGUCUUGUAGAAGAGAUUUGAUUUGUGUGAUUUCUGUUUCUUUUGUAGUGAUUGGAGCGCCUGGCAUGGAACAGAACUGGAUUGAUUUGUGGGAACUAUAAGGUUUGUAAUCUUCCAGUUGCAUUGCUUCCUUUUAAAAUUAAUUGCAUGCCAAGGCCCUGUACCCCCCACCCCAUUUGAUGAAUAAGACACGUGGACACCAGUCUUUUAGGUUAAUGGGCUAAUAAAGGCCACAACAUUAUUGGUUACAGAAUGUGAAUGGUAUUGGCUUAGGCAUUGGACCCAAACCGACUAUAUCUGGCUCCUGCCUGCCAUGCAGGGAGUCUCACAAGGGUUAACCACCAGUAGGGGGAGCACUGUUGAUGUACAUCAACUCGGAUCUCCCCUCAGGGUCACCGGAGUGGUCGUACCGUGGCCCUAGCCUCUCCCUGGGCUUUGGACAGGAACCACGACCCCUGGAUUCUUUUAACGGAAUACCCUUAAAGGGGAGAGGGGCAGGUGAUGGCCACAACUUCUCCUCCCAUCAACCAAGCUUUUCCAAUGCCUAACCACAAAACCUUACAAAGUUGUGACAAUUUGCUAUGAGGUAGGUGAAAACCAAGUGGCUGGUGCCAAUCUGCCAAGUGGAAAAAUUCCUACCAGGCCCCUUCAACAGGCGACCAACCAAGGUCCAUAGCAAGGUUAAGUUGUCGAAUGCAAGAAGAAAGGGUGGGAGAUCCGCUGAAGCAGGAAGCAGAAGGAAGAGCUCCCAGCUUGGAUUGGCUGGCUGUGGGCGUGACACGGGCCGCGACUCCCUGAUGAUGCGGGGGACUUGACACGCCACCACUAAGUGCGGGAAAGUGUGAGGCCAGCCUGCAACCGUGCCCUCCUGCAAAGGAGAUUGGCUUUGACAUAUUAUAGUUGAGAGGGGUUGAGGGGAACCUUAUUGAUACUAGUUUUUUGGAUCUGUGUGUAAAAAAUUAAUUACUAUUGUGUAUUUUUAUACCAAACACAAAAUCUGGUAGCUAUUUCAGAACCCAUGGUUUUCAUGGGCAAUGUGAACUUCCUGGAAAAUUUUGAAUCAGAAAGUUUUUUAAGGAAAACAUUUUUUUGGAAAAUUUCUUUGUGCCUUAGUUUUUUUUGCAUAAUUAAUUAUAGUGUUCAAACUAAUACUUCCCCAGAUCUUUAGAAAUGUACUUGGGUCCAUGGAAAAACAUAGCUGUGGAAAAUUCUUCAUCCCACAUCACUGAUAUGUUUGUAAAGUUGCUACCUCUCAUGAUUUGAAAGAAUCACAGACAUGCUUGCCUCACCUGACAAAGGCACUGAUGCUGAUAAUCCAGAAAACUCAAGUUCAGGGGCUCCAUGUUCUCAUAAUCAUCCACCUGCCCAAAGGUUCACAUUAAGCUGUAGAUCGGGGUGGGGAAUCUUUAUAGCCCACAGGCCAACUUAAACAGGUGGGCAGGCCAACUCACCUGUCAAAGUCGUUUGUGCAGCACUUUCCAGGCACCCAACAGUGACCUAGUUGGCAGGCACUCGGGAACCUCAGUGCAAGGAGCUUUGGAAGCCUUAUCUUCAGUACUAGGGAAACUCUGAGCACAAGUCUUGCAAAGCUUUUAAGCGAAGUGCUUCCCAAAUGCCUUACAGCCAGCUGGCAUGUGGGAAGUGCUUCAUAGUGCCAAGUAAAGUGUUGGCAAAGCUGCUUUCUUCAGGGAUUGGAUAUGUGAUCAAGUUCCCCUUAGGGAACUGUUGCGUAGCCAAACCCCCUGCAUCUCUGCGCCACACCUGAUGUCACAUAUAAUAUCAGGUGAAAGGCAGAUGAGUGAGGUUUGGGAAAUCUGUAGCUUGUGGUUCAGCAUGGGUCCCAAUUUGACCUGUCAGCCAGGGGUCCCCUAACCCUGCUCUAAAUAAAUCACCCCAUUGGGACCUGCAGUAAGUACUUGAUUAGAAAUGGCUUCCUGGUGCACGUCUGCUCCAUGUUAAAAUGUUAGAUGCCCGUUUGUCCCUAACACUUUAUAUGUGUAUAUGGCAAAGCAUGAGUCAGCAAACAUUUCUGCACAAAGUGUGAGCUUGCCUAUGGAGAUGACAAAACAUCUGUGUUUCUACAGAUGGCAGUUUAAGAGGAGUAGGAUGUAUGGAGAAGAAUAAUUUUUUGUGGAGGGGAGGGUUGAUAAGCUAAGCAAGAUUCUGAAAGAGUUGAUUGUUAAGAGCUUGGGAAAUCUUUUUAAAGUCUCUCCCCCCCCCCUUUGCUUAAUAAACAAAUUACCACAAUUUGGGGAGGAACAACCUUAAAUGUUUUAAAAAUACUCAUUCAUAGAUCCAAGUCUGUGUGCAGGUUGGAGAGUUUUAGAUGGUUGAGUAUGACAGGUUAAUAGACUUCCUGUUGAAAUACAGUGGUGAGUCAAAGAGCUUUGUGCCGGCUGUGCUCCUGAAGGGUGUGGAUCAGUGCUGAGCAAGUGAUGCCUGAACAUCAUUUGCUAAAUGCUGACCUAUGAUUUGGUUGGACUGGGUAUAGAAAAAGCAUUUUAUAUUGGGCUUAAGGAAAAAAGCACCACUGGUAAUUUUGGAAGCUCUAAUUGCUGUGGCUGCAUGGACUUCUCACUGAAGCCACACCCAUGUGAUCCAUCUGUAGAGGGCCAUUGUCAUUAUGUCCUGCAUUUGGGUUUCCUGUAGAGAUCUGGCUGGCCAUUGUGGGAACCAGUGCUUUUUAGUGGAAUGGUAUCUGGAAAUGUGCUUCCAGUUAUAAAUGCAUUUCCUCCCUCCUGGGUAUGUGUCCACAUACUUGGUACAGUAGGCUGACAUAAAUACUGUUAAUAUGUGCAGGUGAACCCAAAUCCGAGUCAUUUAAAUGAAGCUUAAGUGUUUAUAGGAUCACAGCCUUUUCAGAUUUUCUUGCAGGGGCACAACUUGUUUUAUUACUUCAUCCUUUCAUAUUACAGCAAUGAUAUUUCAGGUGAUCAUUGCAUAUUGUUUAUUUAUUCCUUUUGAAAAUAAUGAAGAGGCAAGGUCCAGUGUUGCAGACCCCCUUCCUGUAUCAGCAUGCCAUCUGUCAAAUCCUUAUCACACUUGCUCCUCUGUCUACAUGGAUUGCAAAACUUGUUUUGGUCUUUCUCAAUCAAGGGCCUGCAGAAUACUUCCUCAAUCAAUGGAUAUAUAGUUAACAUCUGUUGCUUCUUACAACAAACAGAAGCUAAAGGACUGAUAAAAUAACAUCAGUGUUGCAAUUUCCACUUAACAUUAUUUCUGUGAUCACAUGCUUUUAGAGCUUGGGAGUGGAAAUUUGUGCAACUCGGAAAAAGGAGUUUCAAGGUGUCCACAUUUCUGUGCUAUCUCUCCCCUAACUUACUGAAUAUGCUAUAAAGGAGGCAUUACUUAGAGACACAAAAAUUUUCUUUCUGCUUCUGUUACUGGACUGUGCACUUUAAAGAGCAACAGUAUAAUUAUUACCAGUCAUACAAUCUACAGUAGCUAUGCUAGUAUGCUAUACAACUUUAAUAUUAGCAAUAUUUGAGUGCAUUGUUGGCACUUGAUUGACUAGAUAGUGCCAUCCUCUGGACCUGUGGUUAGACUAAACCAGAGUUUCUAGGAAAGCCUUGUUAAGUUAAAAUACAUAUUUUUAUGUAUCCGUGUGUACCUAAAGACUGAACAGGCGCUGAAUUUUCUGUAGACUGGGACUUACCUCAACUUCCUUGAAGCCUUCCCAGUUGCGUUUGGCAGGUUUCUAUGUUCUACAAUCAAAAUUUAGCCCUUCCAUGCAGGAAAUCCAGUGCAUGUACAGCUUUCCACAAGGCAAAAUAGGUGUAAAGUAGCUGUAAUCAAGUAAUUCUGUGAACUGUUCAGUUAUGUUGUAUGGAACCCAUUUUUUGUUUGUGCUGUGUAUAUGAUGGAGAUAUGUUAGAUGACUUCAUUUCAUAACCACAUAAAACAUUAGUGUGCUUAAAUAUAGUUGGUAUGAAUUUGCCUUAAGACUGGUGCUGUUUGCUCUUGGUUGGGGAAUGACAAGUCAUUGUCCCUGUGGCAUUUCUAAUCUAAUCUGACAAGGAAAGAACCAUAGGGAUGCAGAAGCUCCUUGUGAAACAGGUGCUUGUACCAUUGAUUUUUCAGCACUGUCAGUAGAAGUACUGGAUGUACUGUUUCCCUCCUUGCACUGCUGGGGAGGGACAGGAUAAUAGGGAAAGCAGUGGCUUCUUAUACCAUUCACUUUGUACACUGAAAAUGAGUGCACACUUUAGUUCCUUGCUUGGAGAAUCAUUCAAAAGACCACACUCAGGUAGUUGUCUGCAUAGAGAAGAUCCAAGAAAGAGCAUAGCAGGUAGCAGGGUGGAUGUCCCUCUAUAAAAUAGAACUUCCCUAAAUAUGCAGAUCACAGUCUAUAGUAUGCAUCUGGGUUCCUUUGGGAGUAAGGGCAGGAUAGAUGGAAUUGAAUGAAUGAAUGAAUGAAUGAAUAAAAGAAAACUAUGUUGAUUGGACUUUCCUGGCCUUAUUUUUCAGUUAUCUGAAAGACUUGCCAUGGCUCUAGGCAGUGCAUAUUUUUUAAUGUAUUUUGUUCCUAGAUUUAAUCCUAAGAAUUUCCAAGUGUAGUGUCAUUAGUAACAGGGAUAGGGAAAGACUUGUGCCUGAACCUCUGAAGAACUGAUUGGAGCACUGAUAUUUCUGGGUAAAUACCCAGUUUUAGGUGAUUGUUUUCUGCUUAUUAGUAGACUAUCAACAACAUGGUGCAGUUUCCUACUUUUCUGAAUUAGGAUUGUCUAGAAAGAAUGUUGUCCUCAGCUAUAACACCACUGCUUCUUCCUUCUCUGUUUAGCUUAAAACUUGAUCCACUUAACACCACUCUGCCUAAAGAUUACUUUAGAUUUUCUUUUGGCCUCCUGAUCACAGUUGCCAGAGACAUGUAACAGAUGGCUUUUUUUAAAUGCAAGAAAAGUAGUUACUGCUUCCCAAAAUAGCCUACUUCUGCAUGCCACCUGCUGCUGCUAGUUGAUGCAGGUUGCUUAGCAAUUCUUAAAUGAGUAGGAAAUUGCCAUUACCCUGGUAACCACUCCUAAAUAGAAACUGACUUAAAGGAACGAAGAAUAGAGAGAAACAUCCAUAGCAAGUUUGCUAAUGGAAUUACUUCCCCACCUUUCUGUCUUAAAAUAAUUUGCUAACAACAGAAACCUUGAUUGCUGGGGAUAUGUGGAGAAUGACAGUAUGCUUUAUAAUGCAACUGCAUCCUCAGACUUGUAAAGUGUUAUGCAGUUUAUAUGGGGGUCACAAACCUUAAUCAGUGAUCCAGUUUUAAAUGGGGGGCUAUGAAUUCAACAUUUUAAAGGCUUUUUUUUUGUUCUAGCAUGUCCCUAUUACGUUGACUGAGCAAAACAAUAUCAAAUAUAUCCCCUCCCAAAAGAUGAGUGAUAUCUUACAACUUAAUUCAAGCUAUGUUAUGAUUCAUUGUUUCCAAAGAAUAUCCAUAUUCUAAUUUUUAUAAUGUAUAAACUGAUUAAUGAAUAAAAAUUCUUUUCAUCAGUUGACAGCCUUAGUUUUUCCACUGUUUCAAGGCAUCAUUGUGGGUGGAUGCUUUUUUAAUUCCUGUAGAUAAAACCUUGAAAUUAGCUGGAGUUAUUACUGACAAGUAAUCACAGGAGUGUUAUUACUCUUCAUGCAUAGUCCCUGUUAGAAAUGUAUUUAAAAUGUAAGAAACACACUUGUAGAGUUCAGCUUUAUAGAAAAUUACAGAACAUGCCAUGUGAUUAUAGGCUUGCUCUGUGUCCCCAUAGCCUUAUAAGCAUUGCUGCUAAGUGUGAGGACAUCUGAAAUGAAGAACAGAGGGGUAAUGGGUACUGAAUAUCAUAGCCAGUAAUGCAUAACACCCCAGAUCAAUUUUCUCCAAGUUCAUUCCCACCCAGAUUCAGCCCCAAAUUAGUUAGUCUUCAACUCUCAUUCCACUCAUUUCCCUUUUGCUCCCAGCUCCAAGAGAAAGAGGAAAGAAAAUCUCUGUAUUUGUCUUUUCCCCUCAUGCAGUCAAAAGUGCAGUAAGCUCAGUCUGGCAAAGACCUACGAGCCAUUAGUACAAACUCUGAGAUGGAGGAAACAAUGAACAAGGCAGGGAAGGGACUUUCUACCCGACCAGUACAUGCGAGUAAGAACUGCCUGCUCAUACACCUCGCUGUGGGACCAUACAAGCUGAUAAAUGGGCAUAAAGGAAGUAUUGUGAUAACGUAUGAGAAAGCACUGAAAUAGCAUUAAUCUUGUAAAUUGGUGGGCGUGGGGGAAGAGGACCAGAGUGGGCUGUUUCCUGGUCUUGUGCAGGCUGUUUCCUGGUGCUUUUUGAGGGAAUUUAUUAGCUCUAUUAAACUAAUAAAUUAGAAUAAUAAAAUUGAUAACCAGUAAGAAUAGUACCAAAAUCCACCCCAGUCACCUAGCACUUGUCCAGUGCUGGUGGAGUCUGGUUCCAGUCUAGAAAUAACCUAAGCUAUAAGGGCUGCUAUGAUGGGACUUGCUUUGCAAUUUUAGUGCUCAGUUGGUCAACAUUGUCAUUGAUCCUGCGGUACAUCAGAGACUGCUGUGUUUGUAAGAAGAGGCCCAGCACAGCUACACUAGGUCUUGUAAUGCAUGCCUGAAGGCUAUUCUGAGCUCUUGAAAGUUUUCUAUAAGGAUUUUGCAAUUUGCCGUGGAGUUUGGGCAGGGCAAAAUUAGCUUGUUUCAGGAUAUGCUGAGCCUUUCCAGAGCCAAACUCAGCAGUUCAUUCAGUUCCUAGUUGUUAAUAGUAGCUUGUUUCCUCUUUUGUUGUGUAUAUAGGCUUAUUUGAUUAUAUUACACCUUUAAAUAAAGUUAAUGUAUCCAGAUUACUCUUAUGAAUGUGACUUUUCUGAGGUAUGAAAUGGAAGAAGGAAGACAUUUCUAGCUGCUUUGAGCUGUAGAUGCUCAUAGGUUUUGUAUGCAGAUUGUUUGUGCCUAUUUAUUUUGAACUUGAAACAAUGUGGGGGACCCUGCAGAAGAGCUACAGCUAGAGAAGAGGCCUACUUCUUGGAAGGUAGAAUAAUAUAUAUAUAUGCCAUUGUUCAACUCUUAUAUGUUCUGUCUUCAGGUUGCCAUCACGAAAGCCAAAGUGGAUUUCUCCGGAGUGCUGUGCCUGCCCCCUUCCGUCGCUGCUGCAAAUGGGCUGGACGGAGGAGGGGCCGGCGAGAAUGAAGAUGAAGCAGUGUUGGUGUCUCUUUCGGCGGCACCAAGCCCCCAGAGUGAAGCUGUUGCCAAUGAGCUGCAGGAGCUGUCCCUGCAGCCUGAGCUGACCCUAGGUCUCCAUCCUGGCCGGAACCCUAACCUUCCUCCACUAAGUGAGAGGAAGAAUGGUAAGUGGAACAGUAACAGUUCAUGCUUUGUGCUUCGUCCCUGACAGUCUUACAAAUAUUGAAGCAGGCUGUUUUUGUACAGGUUUUGGAAGUGGUGCAGCUUAAAUUCUUACCACUGCAAAAGAAUCACAGUCAAAUUUGCCUAUAAAUUGUAUAAAUUAUUCAAUGGGCAGUAGAGGGUAGUUCUUAAACUAGUAAUAUGUAUUACACUCAGCAGUUUUCUGCAAGCUGCAGUUGAUUGGGAUUGGAAGUAACCUGACUGGGAAUGCUUUCCAUAGUUCACCUCCAAGGAACAUAAAAUUGCAUAUGGUGGCAGUUCUCCAAGUAGUUUUGAUGUGCAGUUGUGUAAUUAGAGAUCCAUAUCUGAUGGGGAUAUAAAACCCAGUGCCAUUAGUACCUACAGAGCUGAUCUACUAACACUGAGCUUUGUUAUUGCGAAGGCAGGGUUGUUGCCGUGGUGGAGUAUUCAAAGCGCUAUAGAAAAGCCAAAUAUUAUUAGGGUUAUUUAGUGUGAGGGCUGGACCAUGUUAUCCCUAGAGAAAAGCUAAGAAUCAUUUGCAUGCUGUUUCCCUCUCUGGGCUGCCAUUCAGUCAGCAGAUCUUGAGUAGCCAUGUCAACUUGCCUUCUCACUUGCUGCUGCUGCUGAACAUCUGGUCAGUCUAAAUCAAACACUUCUCAACCAUAAUAUGAUUGUGGAGGAGGUGACUGACCUGGGGUCAGUCUUGGGUGGGCAUGCUCUACUUGCCUGUCUUGGUACUCAGUGCAGCAACAGCAUAGGUUCAAGGGUUUGGGGACAAGGGAUUCCAUUCCUCUCCCUCACAGAGGAACCAACCCACCUCAGCCAGAUGUGAGGGUUUGUAUCUGGUGUUGGGUCAGAGAGACAAAUAGGGAUCUUGUGGGUGUUUACCCACUUGCUGCCCAGCUGCCUCCCUUUCUCAGUUGGUAGAGGCAGUCUUGGUGUAGUAUUGGAGAACAAGAACAAUGGGUUCUGGUGGACUUGAAUGUCCAGCUUGGGUCAGCCUUGUCUAGUCUGGCUCAGGACUUCUUUUCCAUUAGAAUAGAGUGGGCUGUCUGAAUACAUCAUGGGCUCAGCGUAUUUGCAGAUCUGGUUUUUGCUACAGAAUAGAUUGGAAGUAAACAAGUGUUUGAAGGGGGUGAGUGUCACAUGGUUUUCAUAAAUGGAUCAUGAUCUGGUGAGAUUUGGCUUGGCUGACUCCCCCUGCAAGGGUGGGAUCCAUUGGGUUGGUCCACCCCAGAAGGUGAUCUCACAAGCACAUCUUUAGAAACCUAGUAUCUGGAGCAAUUUUGCAGUAACUUUAGAAAUGAAUUUUAUGGGCCACAUAGAGCUCCUGAGGGCUGUAGUUUGCCCACCUGUGCCAUUAUUGGUUUGGGGAAAACUGACCUGAUAAUAUAUCCGAAGUUUACAUCUGUCUUCAUCUUCAGUUGUACAACAGGUAAUUUUGGGAUGUAUGAUAAAAAUAAAAUGUAGUUAUAAAGUUAGCAUGAAAGCUGCUGUCUGUAAUACUACUUUUAAAAAAAGCAUUUGGCUUUACAGAUUUAGGAAUAUAUAAUUAGCAUAAUUAGUGCUUUUAUAUUACAAUUCCCUAUUGAAUUCUUAAACCGGAAUGUGCAAAGUAGCAUAGGUACAGGUAAAUGUUUAAUUUGCCACGUCAUACACAGGUUUAGCCAUGAAUGUUUGCUGUCUAGGUGUGAUCAUUUCCUCCUCAUUUUGACCAUAGUUGUAACUCUGAUAGUGCAGUGUAAGUGGGCUGCGGUUCAUUGUUUAAACACUCCUAGCCUUAUCAAAUUGGCUCUGGAGUAAACCUGGUGCUGAAUGUAUGACUAAUUCUUAUGCUGGGCAAUGGAAAGGAUAUGCUAGCAGUGGCAUGAGGUAGUCAUUACAAGGGGCAGAAAAAGUUAACUGUUAUUGUUGUUAAGGAUUCUUCUGAAGGAUUCUUCUGUUCUCAACUCCAGACACAGUCUGCUGAGUCAGAAUUGAGUUUACUUAAUGUGCUGAGUAGCCUCCCAGGAGGUUAACCCUCAGUGUGCCUUACAUUGCACACGUUUUUAUAGAAAAAAUGUAUUUACACAAUCUUUUACUAGGAAAUGCAUACAUUUCAACCUCAAAGUCUGAAAUGAUUACAUUUGCAUUUGUCUGUAAUGUGGUUCUCCUUGUAAUGUUGAUGUGCCUGGUAGUUCUGCAAAUUGAAGAACAAUCUUGGCUCCACAAAUAUGUAUGAACUCCAUUUUCUUAGUUACCUAGUAUGAUCAUAUAUUGCUGUAAGUUCAAUACCUCAAGACUGGAAACAUACAAUAUGUUAACGAGAAUAAACACCAUAUAAUUUUAAAGCUCUGUGUUACAGAUAAAAUUGGCAAAAAUAUAUUUGGUUACUAAAAGAAAGCUGUGCUCCAGGAAUGUCAGUACUGUAUAGCUCAAUGAAGAUGUCAAACCUGUAUGCAGUAGCUUUGAAAAAGACAAAUUCUAUGCAAGGGAUCAUUAGCAAGGAAAGCAAGCAGAGGGUCACCUGUUAAGGAUUGUUGUACAAUUUAAUAUGUGUAAAAAUCAAUGCCCAAUAACCUUCCACCUUAGGACAAGUCCACCAUAAGUGAUAUAAGGUGCCUUUGUCCUUGCAGCCUCUCUAACACAUAAAAGAAUAGUUCUGAUUUAUAUAACUUGGCAGGACCAAAGUCGAAAGCCAUCUAUGAAUGAGCUUUAAUCCAGCUGAAUUCAGGUAGACUUGGUUUGAACUGCAGCCUUAACCGUUUUGCUUCCUGGUAGCAAUAUGUUUUCAUGCAGCUCUCAAAAAUAAUUCUUGUAUGCUAUUUUUUUAUUUCGUAAUUUUGGCUUUCACUUGCAAUCAAAUGAUCACAUCACCAUUUCCCUGUGCUUCAUCACUUGUAUUGCCUUAGUCAACAGAAGUUGUAAUCUUUCAUAUGUCCUGAGGCCAUAAAGUAUCAGUCUGGGUCUGUGUUGGUUCUUUCACAUUCCUGGCUGUUCGGCUCUCCAGAUUGUGCAUUGUUAGUCACAUAACUGAUCAGAAGAGACUGGGUAGAACUUGCAGUAGCUUGUUAAUCUGCAUUGACAUGCAUAGCUUAGGACUUUUCACUGUGUAGAAAAGGAGCCCAUUCUGGAGAAACUCAGCUGUUGGGAAUGUACGGAAUUUCAGUCUUGAGACACUUCAUGAAAUGAACUUAAUGCCUCAGGUAAUGGAGAGUUUCCACUCAGCUAUACAAUGUUUGGGGCUCUUUCAAACAUGCUGUGAAAUUCUGGACAUACUGUUCUGGAACUGGAACUUGUCAUAGCUAGUGCAGGGUCAGUGUUUAGUAUACCUAAUAGUUUUUUCAGCCUUUGAUCCCCAGGCUAUUCGUUUUCAAGAGAUCCAUGAAUGUUGCUUGCAGAUGUGAACAGUAUGCAUUUAAUGCUGGAAAAACCCACAAGGAUCUUUGUGGAAGCCUGACAAAUAAUGAAGUUGCCUUGAUUCAGCUUGAAUCAUCAGAUAAUUGUGCCACAGCACCACCAAAAGUCAACAGAUCUAAAUCAAGUUUUUUCUCUCUCAUUUCAGUUCAGACCAAAGGAAAUUAGAUCAUAGCUUUGCCCUGCAUUUUUUGUGCCCAUGCAGCCUUUCCCAGACACAUUAUGCAAAUGAAACAAUGUGCUGGUAGAAUGACAAUGAAUACAUUUGACAAAGUUUUGGAGGUCUAUCCGGAGGUAUAUACUGUGCUUUUUUUCUUUAAAAAUGUUUAGGGGUUCUCUCAUUUUCCUAUGCAUAUUGAAAUACUACCCCUCAAUGAGGCCAAACUUAGAUUCACAAAAGGUUUAGGUGUAUGCGUACCCCCAGAAAAAAAGCACUGGUACAUAGAAGCAUAAGAACUUGAGCAAAAUUUAAUUUGUAUAUUUGAAUAAACAAAUGGGCAACUGGAGCAUGUUGAUUUCAGAACUGAAAGGAAAUGCAGCUCUUCUGUGGUAGCAUUUGUUUGGUUUCCACCAUGAGAAAGGAUAGCCUAGCAGACUGCCUCUCCCUGGUGCAGCCAAAGCCAAUCUUUUAAGAUCUGAGAAGCUCCUGCUCAUCAUUCCAUGACCAACGUGGAAUGCCCGCUUUGAAUAAUUCAUGAGAGGAAGACAGUAAUGGCAUAAUACUCUUUUUUUGUGUGCACUGCUCAGCGUUAUUUGUGAAAUACAGUUGCAUUUUCUGUUGAUCUUGUUUCAAAGGAAAAUUUGUUGAAUGUUUUAUUUUUAUUUUUAAUGUAAACUUUGUAGAGAUUUUUAAGUGGUCAAAUUUUUAAUAAAUAAUACUUCAUCUGACUGAUGCCUAAUUGACUUUUAGAUUCAUUAAGUGAUACUACAAUAAUAUAAGGUAUCUUCCGGAUAUCUAUAUUUAUGUUAAAAUACACUUGCUUCAUGCUCUCCCAUGACAAUAUACACACUCUGUGUAGAAGAAGACCCAUUAAGAGGCUCUUAUUUUGGUCCCGGUGCACUCAACCUUGUAUCUGAGAAACUUGGCCUCUGUGCUUCUGUGCUUGUGCCAGCUUUUGAUCCAGUUGCAACCUCUUGGCCUCAAUUUGUUAUAUUUAAAAUGGGUGUAAUAUCAGCUUGCAAGUUAGAUUUGUAUAAGGGUGAAUACAAAUGUUAUGAAAUGUGCAACAAACUAAAAAUGUGAUAUAAAUAGUUAAGUGCAGUGUCAAUAAUUCCUUUUCAAGAUACUGUGUAUCAAUGUGCAGCAGUCGCUUGUGUGAUAGCAAAUUUAUUCCAGGAUCUCUUUGGUUUGUUCUGGUUAGUGCCCCCCAAUUCUGAAGGUAGUAAUAGCUUUAGAAUUACAUUUAUGCUAGAAUUAUUUCUGUAUUUAACUUUAGCAAAGAGUAACAGUCCAUAUUAGAGUCAGUUUGAGGAGGGGGAAUCUUGGAACAAAAGCAAUCGAGUAAUCACAACUACACUAUUUGAAAAAGUAUAGAGCAUUCUUUUAAGUGCUGUGCACAGCACAGAAUAUUCUGAGACGCAUUCAUAAUGCUAGAAAUGUUUCAAAUGUCUCUUUGGUUUUUGUGUCGUUUUAAAAAAGCAAUCCAUGGUUUCAAGAAAUUAAAUUCAUGAGAUAUAAAUUCCUCCAGAAAGAAAGCACAUUUAAAAAGUUAGUAUUAUACUAUAACCUACUAAGUUCAUAACUUGCUUUGUCUAGGAGAACUAUGGGGGGGGGGGGAGACAGUUGCCUUAAUACAUUUAUUUUAUACUAAAUGUUUAAAUUAGCUGUUGUAAUAAACUUAAAAUAAAUUUCAUCCUGGAGACAAGAAAUAAUGACCAGGUAAAAUGGGAGUGAAAUCCAUUACUACAUUUCUCAGCCUGAUUGUCUCAUCUGUAAAUAUUGUUGGAUGCAACAUGUGUCAGAGUUAUUAUACUUCUUGUGGGCUGCAAUUUUCAAGCUAUGUGAAUGUCUCAGUUUAGAGGGUCAUGUGGGUGUACUAAUUCCUGGAAGAGAACUCCCUCAUUGGUAUAGUCCUCUGGGGAAUUUAAGAGUUCACAUGCAACCUCCUCUUCCUUUCUCAAACAAGAGGGAUUGUGCAAGGAAGCUGUUCACAGAAGGGAGUUCUGAAGGGAUCCUUGCUUGCUGCGGCUCGGAUCUUUUGGAGUUUCUGUAGCUUGAUUUUCCUUUUACCGGUAGAGUGGAUAACCUUGGAAAUGCACAGAAAAAUAUCAUUUCUUAGUGACAGUCUAUAAGGAUUUGCUUUUAGAAAGAAAGUCUCGGAUGAGUCUGAAUCUGCAAUCUUUCCUGUAUUUUCAUUUCAUGGAUAGUUUCCCUUGAGAAAAGGAUUUGGUAUGAUUCUGCUGGAACCAGAAACUAUAUUAAUGGCAGUUCAAUCAGGUAACUUCCCUUUAGUUAAAUAAUGUUAAUGUGCAAGCAGUACCAGGAUCUGGGGAGUGGAACAGAAUGCAGAGGUGGUUUUUUAAAAAAAAUAAAAAAGGUUGUAUGUAUUUCAACUUGGAGAUUUCCUCCCCCAUAAAUUCAAAUGUUUGAACAAUGAGAUCACUUCUCUGAAUUUCAAGCAAAUAGCUGCCAAACCUUAGGUUUUUUAAUGAAGUAAAUUUGACUGGGAAAGACUUCUCUCCUGAUUACUGGCUGUGAGCAUGCAGGCUACAGGUUUUAACUUUUGAGGAAUUCUUCGGGGAGCACUUGGACUAAUCUUUGGGAAUUUGCUUCUGCUUUUUAUAGAAUUUUACUUCUACAAAAAUUGUUUUUUUGCUUACGUUUCAAAUUCCGCUUAUCUUCAUUGUAUGACAGCAUGGUUAGUAAAAAUUCUUGUAAAGAUCCACUCUCAUAUGAUUAAACUGUGUGAAAUGAAGAGAUUUGAUACCUUUACAAAGUAAGGAUGUACAUAUACAGUACCUUCCUCAUGUAAAAACACUUGCAGUGGAAAUUGAGUGCAUGUCCUCUUAAAGUUAGGGAUUGUCUAAUGUGUUGUCUAAUGGCAAUGCAGUAUUCUCUUGUUUACAAGAGGUCCAGAGAAUCAACUCUCUGUGCUAGUGGAAUAUUUUGUUCAGAUAACUCCUUAAGAAAGCUGUUAUCCCUUGCAAACUGGACAAUUCCUACAUUCUUUUUUUAAAAAAAGAUGAGAGUGGGAAUACUAUAAAAGUCCCAGUUGCUCUGGGUAGGGUGGGGAAUUGCUUUCUUUACUUCGUUCUUUCUAAAAAGUUGUUAGGGUCUGCAGCCAGGCUAGUCUUUCUAGACAUUUAUGGAUCAGUAUUAAAACACAGGAAGUGAAAUUUGGAACAAAAGGACAAUUUUUAGAGAGUGAUAUACUGUGAUGAUCUGUGUUGGGAUUGAUGGCUCCUGUUGGGGCAUGUAGGAGAGGGAUUGGAGCAGGAAUAGCAAAGAGUCUGUCAUUCAUUGUCGAUUUUUAAAGGAUUUUUUAACAAGACCUUUUGUAUGUGCCACAGGAUGUACUGGAGGGUGCACUGGCAAUCCCAAACUAAGCCGUGGCUUGUCUGAACAUGUUGUCCAAACCUAUCCUCAUGGUUUAGCUCACUCCAGAAUAACCAAAAACUGUAAACCAAGAACCAACAUUGGAUAUGGCUUGUGGUUAGUCUGGAGAGAAGUAAACAAUGAAUUGCAGUUUGUUGGACACACCAAGCAAUGACAGCUUAACAGAAUGAUGGAAUGAAGGGGCUGUGAUCCCCUUCUCAAAUGACCACAUGCUAACACAUUGUAAUAAGGCACAAUUUGGCUUAGCUUGAUGUGUUAACUAGGCCAACCUGAGCCAGGAAACUGGCUUAAUUCCUGCUUGCAAUCAAGUGUCUGAUCAGGGUUCAUUAACCUGAAGAGAGCCAUACAGUUAUAGUUUGAAGCUAUGUAUGUUUAAAUUCUGUAACACUAGUGAUUUUUAAAAAGAAUAUAAAGUAAUUUUUGAAUCUGGCCCUCCUCUCAACCAUUUCCACUGGAAAUGCACUAAAGUCUAAUGCACACUAUUAUAGGAUGGUGUAUGAAACACAAUUUAUGAAAUUAUUUGGCAUUAAAUAUUUGCUGAAAGCUACUUGCUUUUUUUAAAAAAGCCUUUACUAAAAACAACUUGAGUGCUGUAGCUCUGUCAGUGUUUGGUUUAUAUGAGUAGAUAAGUAUCCGUAAACCUUGUUGCAUGUGAUCAUAUGUGUCAGGUUCCUUUUUUCUAUUUUAAAGAAACUAGUUCCAGUUAUUUAAAUAGAUUCUUCUACACACACACGCAUAUUUUUCUUAAGUUCACUUCCUUUCAUUUUGUGAGUGUGCUGUCCUAGUUUACAGCUUCCUCUGCAGAUAAACUGGAAUUGAGGUUUUCCCCCUUCAAAACAUUCCCAGCAUGUCCAGUGUUUGGGAUGCAUCUAUUUUUUAAAGUAUCUUGGUUCCCAGAAAAAGAACUACUUAAGAUUUGUCUUUCAAACUCUGUUUGGCUGAUGUCAUAAACCAGUUCCAGCUGUCUUAGAUUAAAGCAAAUGCUGAUAGUGAAGAGGGAUUUCCAUGGCAUUCUAAAAUAGGAUGUGUGGGAUGCACACUCAACAUCCAUUGUAGCUUAUGAGGCCACUGCUGCUUAAAAAAAGAAGUGUGUGCGUUUAUAUAGGCAUAAAAUCACAAUUUGAGUUAUGGCUUAAAACAGGUGUGGGGAACUGGAUCGGGCUGGCAGGCCGGAUUCUGAUGUUUCCCACACCCCAUGGGCCACUUUGACAAGUGGUCAGGGCUACCCACCUAUUCUUCUUUGGCAAUCACUUGUAGCAGAGUAAGAUUGUCUUCCCUGAACACGGUCUUAACAGUGAGUCUGUAAGUGACUGUGGAGGCCAGUUCUGGAUCCACACGUCCUUCCACAGUCAGUGGGGACAUAGGUUUCCGGGUGGGAGUUGAUCACAGUGAGGGUUUGCCAAACGUGCCUUCCUCUUAGCAUGUUUUCUCCCUUUCGUCCUGAGUUUGAGUGUCUUCAAAGUCCGCAACACCUUUGGUAAAGGCUGUUCUCUGGAGCGACUGCAGGCCAGUGUUUCCUAGUGUUUCCGACCUUAUUUUAGAUUUGCCUUGAGAGAGUCUUUAAACCACUUUUGUUGACCACGAGCAUUACACUUUCCAUUUUUAAGUUUGGAAUAGAGUACAGUGGUACCUCGGGUUAAGUGCUUAAUUCGUUCCGGAGGUCCAUUCUUAACCUGAAACUGUUCUUAACCUGAAGCACCACUUUAGCUAAUGGGGCCUCCUGCUGCUGCCGCGCCGCCGGAGCACAAUUUCUGUUCUCAUCCUGAAGCAAAGUUCUUAACCUGAAGCACUAUUUCUGGGUUAGCGGAGUCUGUAACCUGAAGCGUAUGUAACCUGAAGCAUAUGUAACCCGAGGUACCACUGUACUCUGUACUGUCAGCAGGGGUGCCAACUUGAAUAAAAUAUUUUUUUGGGGGGGGGGAGGUAAGCCCCACCCUCCAUAAUUGAUUACAAGAUGCAGCACAUGCAGAGCAUUUGAAUGGUAAUGCCCAUCAAUUUGGUGGGGGGGCUGGCCCCUCUCAAAUUCUUUAUUGGAGAGACUGAAAGUAGGCAGUUAUGGUGGGAAGUGAGCAUGCUGAUUGGAAGUAUUUACUGUUUAGGGAAGCUUUUAAUGUUUGAUGGAUUACUGUAUUUUAGAAUUUUGUUGGAAGCCACCCAGAGUGGCUGGGGAAGCCCAGCCAGAUGGGUGGGGUAUUAUUAUUAUUAUUAUUACUACUGGCAGUUAAGGGAAAUAAAUGCACAUUGACAAAACAUAGCCAGGGCCAGUUUUCAUGAAGGAUGUCUAUUAAUAGUUAUUAGCCUUAAUGACUAUGUUCUGCCUUCACUGUUCGAGGCGCUAUGCUUCUGUAUACCAGUUGCUGGGAAUGAACAAGUAGAAGGUGAAUGCUUUUGCACUGAAGUCCUGCUUGUGGAAUUCCCACUUGUAUCUGGUUGGCCACUGUGAGAACAGGACGCUGGAUUAAGUGAGCUUUUGGUCUGAUGCAGCAGGGCUUCUUUAUGUUCUUAAGUGUGGUACCUUGAGGGGUGAUUAACUUUCCUCCUCCCCACACGGGUAGAGUUUUCCCACCCUUCCAUUUGCCUAGUUGUGCCUAGUUGUGUAUGUGGCUGAGAAGCAAGGCUUGCUGGAAGCCAUCUAGUGAGUUGAUGUGUAGGAGGCAAUUCUCUUGGCACUUAGAUGCACUUUUGAGGAUAUGUUACUUGAACAUGUGCAAGCUUGUAUUCCAUUCUACUUCACCCCCAAGAGAUAAAAAACUGUCUAAAAGGAAACAGGUUGUCAAGAAUAAUGAAUAGCACACUAAUAAUAACAACUUAAUUUUCUGUAGACGACCAUGCCACCAGUUGUUUUGUGGGUGUGGCUUUGCAUUUUGCUCUUAAGGUAUAUACCACCUUAACUGGACAAAGUGGAAGAUCCCCAGAUCAAAACUACCCUGAACUCUUUUAGAAAGCCUUAAAGUAGAGCUUUUUAAAAUAAAGGUCAAUCUUAAUUACCCUUUCACAUAUAUUUUUGUGUCUUUUACUUAGUAAGCAUUUAUGUUGCCAAAUGUUCUUGGAAGAAUCUGGAGCUAUUGUAAUGCAUAGUAACUGUCCUUAUUGACUGAAUGCCUGAUAUUUUCACAGGACACAGUGUACUUGAACAGUGAAAUUUAUGUUUUUGACAACUUUAUUAGAUUUCCAUCCAUUGCCUAUCAGAUUUAUUUUUAGGAAUAUUAGAGUGCCGUAUCGGUGUGAGAGAGUCAUCUACAUCAAACCUUUAUCAUCCUUUGUAUUUUCUUCGGAGAGGGAAAACAGGGUGCAAUAUGAGCAGAUUUUCUCUACAGCCUUCAAACACUGUUUAGCAUCGGUGGCACUAAAAUGUUUGACUUUGCCCAUCUUCUUUUCAAGUUCAGUAUAAUGCAGGAGUAUGUUAGGCUUUUAUUACUGUGUAGUGGCUCUAACUAAGAUGGAGAAAUUCUGAUAGGAAAAAUGAUUUUGUAAAAUAAAUCAGAAGGUCUAUUCUCAGUAUAACUUAGUUGGAUAUUGCCCAUUAUCACAGUUCAGUAAUACAGCCCAACUAGGCAAAAACACUCCAGGAGGGUGGGGAAAGUGCUGUAGGAGCUAAAUAGAAAGAGCCUAGAGCCUGAGGUUCCCAUCUCCUGCUUUACAGUUUUUGCAGCCAGUUGUUUCACAAGCCAUUUGCAGCCACUGGUUAACCUACCAUUUUCAGGAUUUAUUUAUUUUUACAUUUCCUGUGUGAGGUGUUGCUUCCUUGUAAGUCUGCUCCUUAACCUUACACAGGAUCAUGAAUGAAAAGGAGGAGACUCAUAAAUUAUUUCAGUACAAUAAAAAUAAUUGAGAAUGCUUUGUUUCCAAAAGCUCAAAAUAUCAAGGGAAGUAUUUUAUCUUUGACCUUUUUAAUAAAAAAGCAGCUUUAGGAUUCCCACCUGGGACUAAGGCUCUAUAGGUUUGUCAGAGCUUUCUCCUUCGGCAUCAGUCAUUAAUAGGUCAUCAUCAGGCUUAAUAACUUUGAUUUAACCCGGUAGCACACAAGCCCUCAGUUUUGUCUCACAAUAGCCAUUUGUUGAAAGCAGAGGUAGCUACUAGGUUGACUUUUCCAGUUUCCAAGAGAUGGUUAUAGUUCUGCCCUGUAGCAACUCUCCUUACAGAGUAUCCAACCAUCAGUUUGUCAGGAAUAGCCUUACCUGACACUUCUGGUGCUACAUUGACACAAAUCUCUUGGAUCUACAGCACCCUCUGCUGUUCUAAUGUUAUUUUAUUAAAAGUGUCAUUUGUGCCAAAUGUACUGUGUGUCUUUUCCAUAGUAAGGUUUGUAUUGCUUUUUAGGAUAUGCCUGGAACAAAUCUCAGCUAAAGUGUCUAGAAAUCCAUGUUUGCACAAACAAAUUUGAUUGUUUACUAACAUUAAACUUGGCUAUAUCCCGUGUUUUGUCAAAGGAGUUUAGUAGAUUGUACUCGGGUUUAGCCCAUUUAUACCCAAAUAAACCUCAUUUUUAAAAAGCUGACAGUGACUUGCCGAAGGCCGAGUAUAGACUUGAACUCAAAUGUCCUUAGCGCUUGAGUCCAUGGGUGGGGAACCAGGCAGACAAUUGAAUUUAGACCAGCCAUGCUCACCUGUUAAGUCACCUGACUUUAAAUUUCAUUGGACAUGGAGAUCUCUGAGCUAAGUGCUAAGAUAACAGACAACUGAUCUCUUAUUUUCAGUCUUGGCACUAAGCACCACAGCACUAACAUCUUAAGAUCAGCAAUAAACCUCUGCUUACUCGUUAAAAGACUGCAGGCAGAGACUUUUCUCUGAUCUUAGUUCUGUGAUGAGAUAAGCCUCUGCCUGCUCAAGGAGCAUUUCUCUUAUCUCUCCGGUGGGAUCAUAGUAGGCUAAGCAAUUGCUUUCUCUUUAGGCUCUCAAUUCUUUAUUCCUUUGCAACCCUUGCUUGAAUUCAUGCCAUGGCUUCAAAGAUUCCUGGUGAAUGCAAUUCUCCAUGUGGAACCAAUUCCAGUGAGGCUUGCAUUUGACCUGAAAUUUUAAAAGAAGUGAGCUCCAGUGGUUCUUUAGGAGCUUUGAUGUUACUUGCCUCAUCCCUGAUGUCAUAUGACAUCAUGUAUGGCACAGCUUUCCAAACUCUGUGUCGCGACAGUGUGUAAGUAUGUUGUGCGAACGCUCCCUGUGCUCCUCCCAAGGCUGGAAAGGUGUUAGUUUAACUUCCAGUUUGCUAGUAAAACUGAAUUACUGUGUCAUGAAAUGAUUUAUAUCUAAAAAGUGUGUCACCAACAUUAAAAGUUUGGGACACGUGGACUUGACUGAAAGAAAAUGGCCCCUGACGGGUCUGAUUUGAUCUGGGGACUGCAGGUUCCCCAUGUCUAAUAUAUCCAGUGAUAUUUAGAUAGCCAAUGGAAUCCUUACCUUUGUUGCCAUUCAGGGUUGCUUGGCUUCAGCAUAAUCACCAUUUCAUAAAAUGCAGCAUCUGUUUAGAAAAAGAAACAUGGGCAGAUGCCUUUAUACUGAGUCAGACCUUUGGUCCAUCUAGCUGAAGUUUUGUCUGCAUUCACUGGGAGUGGCUCUCCAGGGUUUGACAGAGCAUAUUCCCAACCCUGCUUAGAGAUGCCAGGAUUGAAUCUAGGACUGUCUUCAUGCAACACAACUGUUCAUCCAUCGGAGGCCUAAAGUUAAAACGAGUGCAUUGUGUUUCACUUAAAUGGAAAAUGGUUUGCCCUAAAUAACCCCCUCCUUGCUGUUCCCGCAGAAGCUUAUUUCUUAGUUAAAAUGUUGCGUUUAAGCUUUUUACACUCCUUCCCUUUAAAACUUUAACUCUCACGCACAGAUAUUUGCUAGCUGAAACACUGUAAAACUCCUCCCCAUCUUUUGUAGUGACUUUUGUUUUCCUCAUGCUUUGAUUUAGAGUCUUGGAAGAAUCUUUGGGAUUCUUGGAGAAGGAGCCUGCGUCACUGAGAAACAUUUGACUUUUUGGCCUUGUAGUGAAGCUAGAAAUCAAGUCAGUCUAAAAGCAUUCCUUAGUCAAGCUGGCCUGCUUACCCUUUAGUUAGAAUAUGAAAGGGCCUCAGUGGGAAUCUUGGCAUUUUUACCACCUGUUGGGGCAGCUGCAGGUUAUGUGAGAAGACUAUUGAUAAGACUAUGGAUUCGGGAGGAUGUUUUAAGGGAGGUGGGAGAGAUGUGUAGGGAAGUGGCAGUCUUUUUAUUUUGUGCUUUCUUGGACCCCUUAUUUAACAUGUUCAUGUAUCCAUGAGAAGUCUGGAGGGUGGCAACAUGAGGAGCCUUUUCUGUGGUGGCUCCCAUUUGUGGAAUGCUCUCUCCAAGGAAGCUCACCUAGCAUUAUAAAUCUUUAGGUGCCGGGCAAAAACUUCCCUCUCUGACAAGACCUUUUAGAAGUGGCCAGGAUGUUUUCCCCCCUCUUGGUUUUAAUGUUUCUAUGUGGGACUUUUUGUCGGUUUUGUUUUGGGUUGCCCUGGGCAAGAUGAAGCGACUAACAAAUUCAGUAAAUAAAAAUAAUAAUAUCCGUUGUGUAACUCCAACUGAGCUGUGAGGUAACUGGUGGGAGGAUGUAAAAAUGUGACAGACCAAAUAAAACUAGCUACCAAGCCUUUUUAGCACACAGACCUGGCUUCAGCCUGGUUUUGUACCACUGCAGUGAUGUCAUAGUAGAAGAAGAUAGAUACUGGUGAUGUGGACAGAUCACUGCAUGUUGUGUGGGGGUCUCUGUUGCCCAAAUGGUUAAGAUUGUGAAGGCUAACAACUUAGAGACAUUUACACAUGGAACAUAAAAUUAAUUUGAAGAAGAGUGCUACUACUAAGGGAAGAAUUUGCUCAAUAUUGGUUAUCCGUGUUUUGUCAUCUCUUUCAAAUUCAAGUAGCUUGAGCUGCUUCUCUAGUAGAUGCAGAAGUCACUAGGUAAGGUAAUGGUAAAGGACCCCUGGACGGUUAAGUCCAGUCAAAGGCAACUAUGGGGCGUGGUGCUCAUCUAAUUUUUCAGGCCGAGGGAGCCAGCGUUUGUCCACAGAAAGCUUUCCGGGUCAUGUGGCCAGCAUGACUAAAUUGCUUCUGGAGCAACAGGACACUUUGAUGAGUGCCAGAGCACACGGAAAUGCCGUUUACCUUCCUGCCAGAGUGGUACCUAUUUUUCUACUUGCACUAGUAUGCUUUUGAACAGCUAGGUUGGCAGAAGCUGGGACAGAGUGUGGGUGGUGCUGUGGUCUAAACCACUGAGCCUCUUGGGUUUGCUAAUCGGAAAGUCGGUGGUUCGAAUCCACACAAAGGAGUGAGCUCCCGCAGAAGGCACUAUACAUAAUGAGAAAGUGUAUUGGUAUAUAAAAUUAGGAAACUUGUGGGUAAUACCCAAAGGAGAAUCAAGCUGAAGAUUACGGAACUAUGCGGUGAAGAACAUUCUUGAAGAAAAGGGAAAUACAGCGAAGGAGGAUAUAGAACAUUCUGUAGAGGAAGAUGUGCAACUUAAAAUGUUGUAUAAAGUAAAGCAGUUUAAGAUAUUGGGUAUUGGCUUGAACACUGAAGAUGUUCUUUAUCUAUAUGGCAGCCUUCUCAGUAGCGUGUCUGAAAGUCCAACUAGAGCACAGUAGUGCCUUAUCUCGUCCCAGUAAAUAACUUCUCUCAUUCAACAAAGCAAAGUUAGCUUUAACUGAAGUUCUGUGCAGCUCACUCUUACUUUUUAAGUUGUAAUGGGCAUGGAUCUGAAAGAACAUACAGUAUCCUUCACAAUCCCAAAUACUAUUUCCACAUCCUUGAGGGAAACAAUACUAAAUUGAUCCAAGUUGCUAUGACAGUUGGCUGCUUCUAAUACCUCUGGUGUGGCUGCAGUAGUAAUCGUAGUUUUCAAGAUGAAUCAUAUUUGAAUGAUUUCAUCAGUGUAGAACAGUACAAACUAAACUUGUCACAGUGAUCUGUAGAUGCCUCAUCCUUUGGCUGCUCUUUAAGGUCCUUGUAUCAACAGGAGCUUAGCUGGAUGAAAUUUCUAUUGACAUUGAGUGACAGAGGCAAAAAAAGUUUACUUUGUUCCAUGUUGUAGGCCUGUGAAAUGUUGGUGGUACUCCAGAAAAUGUUGGUACUUCACAAAAUCCUUAAAACUGGCCCACUAGUUUUAAACAUUUAUUGUAUGCAACUGCCACCUUUUAUAACUUUCCUGAAAGCAGUAAAUUCAGUAAAGAUGGAGUCUGAUGCUGGAAUUCUCUUUUGUCAAGCUUAUUUUCUUUAUGAUGCUUUCAUAAAGAGCAUCACUAUGUGUGGGUAACAAUUUCUGGUACAAUUUGUGGUUCAGUUCCUGCCCAGUCUGGGUCAUUAUGGCUUUCUUAGAUGAAUCUGCUGGCCUGGUUCAGAUGUAAAGAAAAUCCAUGGUUUCCCACUACAUGAACAAGUCUGCAAGGAGCUUGUGUGCUCCUUCUCCAGUUUUGCAUACAGGAGGAAGCUAUCUAAAGUUGCUGCUUUUAAUUUUAAACAAACCAAACUCAGAAAUGGUGGUUUGUUUCUACAAGAAUGGAAACCACAGUUUGAUACCUGGACUGUUCCCAUUAACCGUAGUUUAAACAAAUUUCAGUUUCUUAAAUUGAUGUCACAGAAAACUAUGGUUGGUUUAAAUUCAAAGCCAAAGUUUUGGUCAUCUUUUGACAUGUGAAAUAGAAGGAAGGGAAUUUGUAAGCCCAAAGCCCAUUGAUGUUAGCAGGAAACCAUCUCCCUCCUUUUCAGUGGCAGGAUGGAAGAAACAGGGCUGGGCAGGUUUGGGGCUCAGUGGAGGCCAGAUGGGAACAAGGUAAUGAGAGGGUGCUGGGUGGUCUUGAUUAUGGAGGGAGUGUGUGUGUGUGUGUGUGUGUGUGUGAGAGAGAGAGAGAGAGAGAGAGAAAGCGCACACACUUUGAGUCCAGCUCCACCUGCUGCUAGUAUGCAGUCCCAGACUGCUUUCUACUACAGGAAUGUAGCACUUGAUCCCCAAAGGGUCGCCUGUCCGUGUUCUACUGCAAUUUGGGAGGGAGGACAAAUUUCCUUUUGAAAUUGGUAGAGCUCUUUACUCCAUGUUUUGUGAUAUAUUUUUAAACAGGAGAUUUGUUAUUGUUUAGUCGUUUACCGUCUCCCUAAUGCUAGGGUCGAUUCAUGUGAAGGCUGAUAUGUUUUCCCCUCCUCCCCAAAUGUGGCAUCUGCAUGGCUGCUGCAGCUGUAACUUUGAAAUCAUUUUUUUAAAAACCACGUGACUCUCCAGGUGAUAACAACUGUUGGGAAUUCAUAGAACUGCCACAUACAGUUUCCAUAUGGACAGGCUGCCACAUAGCCACAGAGUUCAAAUGCUACAAGGCCUGUGCUACAAUACCGAAAUGGUUUUUCAGCACCACCACGUGGGGCCUAAUUUUGAACUGGCCUUUUAGCCCCUCUCUUGAGGGUAUUGAAUUUAUAGCUAAAUCAAGACCGUUGGCAUAGUUCAGAGUGUGUAUUGGGCAUCUAUAGAAAUAAGUCAAUUGAGGCUCCGGGGAGGCAAGAGGGUAGUCUCUGCUUCUGUGUAAAUGAAGCAUUCAAAUUACGUUUGUGUCUUUAUAUCUGCUAAGGGUUUUGUUGCCUUGGCACACACAUUUGGAACAUAAAAAUGUAGUAGAUGUACUUUGCCACAGAGGCAGAGCUAAAUCUUGGAUGCGUUUUCAUAUUUGUUGAAAGGGAAUGGUAAUCUGGUUCUUGGUGCUUAGAGUACAGUUUGGCAGUUGAAAUAUUUAAAGUGCAGUGCCCUCGGAUUUGUGAGGUAAUGAGAGACUGAUAUGGAAAAGGAAGUGGGGAGGUCUGGAGGUGUGGAAAGAGCUCAGAAUGUGCUUUGACGUCAUCUGAUAGGUUUUCCAGCAUGCAGCGGCUAUUCCUGCUGCAUCUACAGUUCAUGUUAUUUUAAAACUCUGUCAAAAGUGAGGGUGGCAGUAUAUCCUGUGUGUAUGCAGGUCCACUGUGGGGGCAGGGACUGCCUUGGGGCCUUUCAGCAGCUGGGCAGGGAUCCAGAUUCCCAGGCUGGCUGACUCCCUGUGCUUGAGAGAAACUGCAACUGAAGUUUCUCUGUCCAUCAUGGCUAGGAAACUCCUGAGCUGCUUGAGCAGCUGCAGCCAGUUGCCUGGAAGGAUAAGCUCUAUGCUCUGGGCAGCAUGUACAAUGUGCUGCAUACUUGGAAGUUUUGCUCAAUCGCUCUGAAAGUAAUUGUCGCCACAAAGUGACUUCUUGGGAACACCCUUUGUUUAGGUAGUCUGUGUACCAAAUUGUUCUAAAAUAUGUAAUCUUUGUAAAGGUAGAUUUAGAGUGAAGCCUUUGAAUUUACAUUCCCUUUUGUGUUCCAUAGUAAUCUGGGUGCAAUCAUUUGGAGAAGUCUUGAAUUUCUCUGUGGACUUCAUUCUAGAUUUUUGAAGCUUUGUCCUUGCUCAGCAAUAACAUCCAAGAGACCUCUUAAUUCCUAGGAUGAAAAUUGUGCAAUUCUUUCACUACAGGGAGUAGGACUAGGCGUGCUAUUCCAGUUUUCUUUCCUGUGGGACUGCAUGUUGUAAUGUUUUUAUCUGUGAAAUAUUUUAAAUAUUAAGCUGUUUUUGCCCUAUAAGGCAAUAAUUAUUCGUUGCAACAUUUCUUUGUAAAGAAAUUGAAAUGUUUUUGUAUCAGACCUAACCAAGAGAAGGGAUCUUCCUUGAAUAUUUUCAAGACAAGAAGAUGCAUUAUUAUAUGUCCUUUAGAUCUAGGGUAUCUAGUAUUAGAGCAAGAAUUAGCCUAACUGACCCUAUGGCUCUCUUUCAACUUGCGCCAGAUUUCACUAGCUGUGGCAAGAGGGAAGGGAAGGGCUGUGGCUCAAUGGCAGAAUACUUGCUUUGCAUGCAAAAAGGCUAGGUUCAAGCCCUAGCAUAACCAGGUAGAGAUUCCUGUCUGAAACCCUGGAUACCUUCUGCUAACCAGUGUAGAGAAAGAACUAGAUGAACCAGUGUCUGACUCUGUAUAAAAAAGCCUUCAAUGUUCCUAGGCGGGACAUACUCGCCUGUUUGAGGAAAGCAGUAUCAAAUUGAUCAAGAAGUGCUAAGAGUUGAAAAAUCUUUUCUCCUUGAUUAUUGCAAGUUCUAGUUCUGCAGUGAAUGGUAGCAAGCAGUUGGAAGUUCAUGAUAGUCUUUUAUAAAAUGGAGAUGCAUUCUCUUAAUGUUUUUCUGACACAAUGCUCCACUGUAAUGUAGUAUUUAACAGUUGUUAACCAUUGAAAACCAGAAUAAGGUCUUGCCCUUAUUCUGACAUUUCAGAAAUGGAGCAGACAGGUUAAACUAAACCACUCCUUGUGAUACAGUUACAGUGGUACCUCUGGAUGCGAACGGGAUCCAUUCUGGAGCCCCGUUCACAUCCAGAAGCGAACGCAACCCGCGUCUGCGCGGGUCGCGAUUCGCCACUUCUGCGCAUGCGUGUGAUGUAAUUUUGACCAUCUGCGCAUGUGUGAGCAGCGGAACCCAGAAGUAAUGCGCUCCGUUACUUCCGGGUCGCCGCAGCGCGCAACCCGAAAAUACUUAUCCUGAAGCUACUUCAACCUGAGGUAUGACUGUAUUUUGGUCUUUAAUGCACAGAGAAUUCUCUCUUGUGUUAAUCAGCACCUUUUCUGGGUAUACUCUAAUUGAGUAUUGGUUAAAUGGAUGCCUCAGUGCCUACUGAUCCAGAGAUUCCCCCCCCCCCCAAAAAAAAAAUCUUUGUGAACACAGCAGUUAAGCUUCAGUGGUGGAGAUGAGGAGGAGAGGGCAGGAACUAAAUUACAUGAUGAUGCUUGCCUGACAAAUGUUUGAGGUCUGAGUAGAGAAACCAACUGCUUUACUAUUUUGGGUGAAUGAGGUUAGCUGUUGCUGCAAGCAGCUUCAUGAAGGAAUCCAUCCAUCUGUCAAUGUGCACAGCCGUGAGUGAGGCUCAGUACUCCCUAGCUCCUUACAAUGUGCAUGUACAUACACCCCUUCUUGGGGGAGGGAAGGCCUUUUUCUUUUUGAAUCCAGUGUUAAUGAAACUGGCUGGUAUCUGAGAGUAAGGCUACAGGAACGUCUUUGUGCAACCUAUUCUGACGAGUCCCUUCCUGAGGAUUAUACAGCUCUCCAGAGGCCUGAGAGACAUUUUGGUCUUGGGAUUUUCUUCAGCAUGUUGGACAAAACCAAAACCCUCCAGCCUGCUUAUGGUGGGAUUGUGCCAUUUGCAGAGAUUGUGUCAAAGGAACAAAAGAAUGUAAGCUUGAGUCAGGAUUCUUACCACAGCCUGCGGGAAGGUUCGUAAGCUCUUUCUAUUUUCCUAUUUUCCUGUGACCGUUCUUAAUGGUUUGCAUAUUGAAUCUCUUAUGGUCUUCCAGUAUAACAUAGCUCUUUCCAAUGAAUUAGUUUGUGCUGGUAGUGUUACUUACUUGAAUGUGUUUCAGCUUCUCUUGGAAGCUGCUGCUUGUUCCAUUUUAUGAAGGUCUCUUGUAAGCAAGGGUAUGAAUCAUUCUGUUAGAAAUUUAAUUGGUUUUUACAGCAAAUGUGGGAGACUUUAGUCUUCAGCAGGCCUCAGUGUCUCGGUAGCACAUGUAGUUGUGGUACAGAGUGCUUAUGAGGGGCAGAAAAAGGAUAUAAAUUGGUUAUGAAUAUUCAUGUAGUGCAGUAUCAAUAUUUGAUCCAUGUUCUUGAACAGGUAUUUGGGCAGGGGGAAUUAAGGUAUGAGACAUCCAAGAAAUGAAUAUUAUUGUAAGCAGGGGGAUUGUAGGAGAUUUGUUUGAAGAACAGACAGUAUUGGGGCAGGGAAGGAGAUGUGAGGAAAUUGAGGCAGUCAGCAGAAGGGUUCCUGUUAGCAGAAAUAAUGAAGGUGUCUGUAAUGAAGUCUAGCAUGCCAUUAUAUGGAAAGGCUGAAGGUGAAUUUAUGGGCAGGUGUAACCAAUGAAGUGCCCUCCAGUUGUUGAUGGACUAAAACUCCCAUGGUCCCUGACCAUUGGCUGUGCUGGCUGGGAUCGACAGAAGAGAAAUUCCAACAACAUCUGGAGAAUACCAUAUUCUUCCGCUAUUUCAUCCAGCAGAUUCACGGGACAGCCCAUAAUAUCUUGUGCUGUAUUCACCACCUUCUGUAGGCACUUCCUAUCAGUUGAUGUCAAGCCAGCAUACCACACCGUGAUGCAGUAUGAAAGGACACUUUCUAUUGUUGACCGGUAGAAGGAGAUCAUCAAAUGUUGAUUGACAUCAUUCUUUUGCAAUACUCUGAGGAGAUGGAGUCUCCGUUGGGCUUUCUUAACCACCUGGGUUGUAUUUAUUUUUCAAGUAAGGUCUUCACUGAAAUAAACUCCUAGGAAUUUAAAGGAAGAGACUCUCUCCACACAGCCCUGCCCGAUGUACAGCGGGGCUAGUUCUCCUCUCUUCCUCCGAAAGUCCAACACCAUCUCCUUUGUCUUGCUGAUAUUAAGGUGCAAGUUGUUCCUUAGGCACCAUGUGAUUUAUGGAUUGGAACCAACCAACACCUUAAGUUUAUAAUCUGAACCCACCUGAUAAAAGGCUGCCUGCUUACAUUUUUGCCAAUUAUCUCUCUUAACUGUUCCCCAAAGCGAAACUGUCAUUUGAAACUGUCAUUCAAAUCUGUUGGGUAAGUGCAUCUUUUCCUUCCCCCAACUCCCACACAAAGGGGUGUAAAGAUGCUUACUGUUUGGUGAAGCUGCUUCUUUUGGAAACAUGUAAGUCCAGAAUCCUUUCUAUAAAGCAAGUAUACAUUGCCAGGAUCUGUCGGAGACAUGUAGGUAAAUUCAAAACAUUGCCAGCCAAGGCAAUCAGUGAGUUACCAGCCCCAUGGGAUGCAAGCAGAAGAUUUGGAAAAAGACCACAACAGAAAUGGGAGCUGGAAUUUGUGUUCAAGAUGCAGAGAACAAAUAUGUAGCAGAAGUGUGGUAUCAGGUUGUGACUGGUUCUUGAAGGAAGUAAAAGCAGGUAUGUUUUUUGAAUAUUUGUUGAUGGGGUCAUUUGCUUUCUGUGUAGUGUUCCAAAAUUCUAGGAUACUCAGAAGGAUGCUGGACAUGACAAAAGGCAGGGUUCAGCCAUAGCAGGCAGUUGGGAUACUUUUGACAAAGUAAAGUAUUCACACGGAAACAGGCUUGAGCCAGUAACCUUCUCUUGUUAAUGCAAGGCUCGAGGGGUGGGGGGGAGAGGAAGCUGAAAAAGAGAUAUUGCAAAUGGAAGUGCAGCUUACAGUCAAGUUUUUGAAGAAUCAGCAUGAAAGACUGACCUUAUGGGGUGGGAUUCCUGCCAGAGCUUACAUUCCAAUUCUGGAUAGCUCCCAGACAAGGCAUAUACUCUGGAAUUUAUUCAAGCCCAGUAUGGUCCAGCUGAACGCCAUUUGACUUGCUUGUUUUAACUUGCAAUCCCAUUAUACCAGCUGUGCUUGUGUAAUGUAUUUGCAAAGGCAGAUGCUGUGAGCUCUGUGGAAACGCAUUGCACUGCACUGUAGCAGUUACUGCUACUCUGUCUAUGCUCUAAGACCAAGCACUCCAGCUUGCCCACCUUGGCUCAGAGACUUCUAGCAUUAACACUUCCAUAUAGUGUCUCUAUUCAGAUGUGUUUGGUGUUUGUGUUUUAGCCUAUCAUGCUUUAGCCUCUCUGUACUGCUAUAAUGUGCCCCUUCUGACUCUCAUCCUGUGCCUGCCUGUCUUGCUGGCCUUACACUUGGAAUGGGUAGCAUUUCAGAGAAAACAGAAGGUCCUUGCUUUCAGCAUCCUACCUAGCAGCCUAAAUUUCACUUCCAGGACCUCAUGUUUACAUUUCCUCACUUCAUUGGUGUCACAGCCACUAACUCCUCCCACAAACUAUCAGGCUAUCUAGACAAUGUGCAGCACCCACAAUUUUUGUGUCGGGCGAACAAGGCAGUCUGCACACCCAUCACACACCCAGCUAUGCAUGCCCCCAGUUAUCAAACCAGCCACUAUUAGUAUUCCUUCUAGGGCAGGCAUGUCCAACUCCCAAGAGACUGCGAUCUGCUCACACUAUAAAAAGACUGGCUGUGAUCUACCCAUUCUCAUUGCCAGAAGUUUGUUGUGUGUAUGUGUUUUGGAACACUAUGGCGAUCGACCAGGGACACCCCCCCCCUGCGAUCGACCGGUUGGACAUGCCUGCUGUUGGGGAUAUCCUUCGCACUGAAGGCUGAAACUUUCAACUGGGUCCUUUUUUUAACCUGUGAAGUGUAAUUCAUUUAACAUAAACUGAAAUCUACGUACAUUGAGUUUGAUCUAAAAGUUAAGCUUACCUUUUUUUAUUUGAAGCUGACUCACCCACUAGCUAGGUUUCUGCCAUGUGGAAUUCUAUAUUAGUGGUUAGGAUUUAGUCUAGUUCUCUUGCAUACUGUAAUACCUCUAUUGCAAGCCUUUUUGUUUGUGAACUUUGUCAGCAUUCUAGUCUUUCUGUGACAGCUGAAAUGGCAAACAAUGGUUAGUGCUUGCCCUCCAACCCGAAAUGGAAACUCAUUUCAAACCAAAAUUUCAGAUUUUGGUUUAAUGGGAAAGUGUUGUCUGAUGAAGCUAAGCAAAUAAUUAUUCAGUUAUCGCUACCAUGUAUAGUGGAGGCCACAACUUGAAUGAACCCUUUUCUUCUUCUUUAUGGGUUCUGAUUAAUUAGGAUAAUUUGCUAACCUCUACUGCACUGUUAGGGCCAGUCCCAAGCACUGAGCUAAUUUCAUAGUGGUCCAUUUGUGCUAUGAUGCAUAUCAUACUUCAAAUUGUUACUGCUGCAUUAUGUCUAGGUAUAAGGGCUUUGUUCAGAAUUUCUCUAAUAUUUUGAUUUUCAGAGGAAAGUAACUCUAUUGUUCUGUAGUGUAUAGUCCCAAGUUACUGGUCCCUGCCAGACUGAAAGGCACUGCCACUGUGUGCUCAUCUUGAACAUACAUUCAGCUAGUAAGCACCAUGCACUAAUCAGGUGGUUUUCUUUUCUUGUUGUCUGCCUUGUCCUUAGUAACGAUGGCACAUUUCAGCUUUUAUAAAUGAGGGUCAUUAUGACACAGUUUAAAAGCAUACUGCAUAAAUAUACCAAAUAUUCAGACAGGAAAACUGAAACUAAUGAACACAUAAGGGCUGGAUGUGGAAUUACAGGAAGAAAGGCUCCCUCUGAAUAGUAGACUUAGAAUGUUACAUGAAAUUAGGUGAUAAGGAAGUUUGGAAGAGUAUAGAUACCUGAAGCAGCUGCUUUCUGUUCAGACUUUUUGGAUACAUUUGACAUGUUUACUCUCCUAGUUUACCAGACUGCUCCUAUGAGCCACAGCUGUUACCUUAGACCAGGCAUGGCCAAACCUGGCCCUCCAGCUGUUUUGGGACUAUAAUUCCCAUCAUCCCUGAACACUGGUCCUGUUAGCUAGGGAUGAUGGGAGUUGUAGUCCCAAAACAGCUGGAGGGCCAAGUUUGGCCAUGCCUGCCUUAGACCUAGUGACAACUGUCUAAGGCAGCAUUUCCCAACCUUGGGCCUCCAGCUGUUUUUGGACUACAACUCCCAUAAUCCUCAGCUAGCAAGACCAGUGGUCAGGGAUGAUGGGAAUUGUAGUUCGCAAACAGCUGGAGGACCAAGGUUGGGAAACACUGGUCUAAGGCACACUUGCUUUGCAUACUGCAAUCUAAGUUUGUUUUCUAAAAUGGUCAUUGAAUUUAUAGAUUUAGAAAUUUGGCAGCCAAAAAGAACCCACAUGGAGUUGUCUUCUCUUAGUAGACCCAUUUAAAAUUAUAGACUAACUUAGGUAUUGUCCAUUAAUAUCAUUAGGCCUACUCAGGAAUAUGACUAACAUUGAUUAUAGCCCAUUGUGCUUUAAACACUUUUAUUGCUUCCAUACCAAGAGGACAAUUAAUGUGUCUGAGAAUGUUUUUGGAUGCUUGUCCAUGAUUACAGUGCAGUGGCCCAGUAUUAAUGGGGAUGUUCAAGGCGUGUGUGUGUGUGUGUGUGUGUGUUUAUAUUGGCAAUAUUGCAUUCAUUUCAGAUGGAGAGGUCAAAAUAGAAAAGAUUUCAUUAUAAGGGCUUUUUUUCAUUCCAGUCAGCUAACUUGAAUAAAAUAGGGAGGGGCAGGUAAGUCUCGCCCCCAUAAUUGAUCACAUGAUGUGGUGCAGGCACACCAUUGAGCUUUGACUUGAUGAUUUGAGAAGUGUGCAAUCCCAAAUUAAGGAUUCACAGUUGCUGCUCAGAGUGAUACCUUGAAGCCUAACCUUGUAUAAAAGUAAGAUUUCUAUUUCAUUCACAAUAGCUUUAUUAACUUCCUCAAGCUUUGUUGUAUUGUUAUUGCAGCAACAUCAAAUGCAAAUGAUCAGCAGAAAAAUAUUAAUGUAUUUAAAAAGAUUUCUAGGCCACCCCCAGGACAGUGUCCUCUGGGUGGCUUGCAAAAUUAAAACAAAAGGAAUUGUAUGUCUCUUGAAGUUGCUGAACUACUGAGUGUGUUCUUGCUAUACUAAUUAGUGUCAGUUCAAAUAGAUCAAAGCAUCUCUUCAAGACAAAGGUAUUAUUUAUUUUGGGGAAGUGUACAUUUAGCUAAAACCAACUUACAUGUUUUACAUUUAUAUUCUGCCUUUUCCCCAAGGAGCUGAAGGUGGCAUGCAAGGUCUUCUUUUCCCUCUCCACUUUUUCCCUCACAACAAUUGUGUGAGGUAUGUUGGGCUUAGAGAGAGCAGCUGGCCCACUAUGGGCUUCAUGAUCGAGUGGGCAUUUGAAUCUGAACUUCUAGUCUUAGUUCAGAAUUUAACCAUAUUAGCAGUAUAGAUCAGGUGUAUGGAAUCUUGGGUCCAGGGGCCAAAUGCAUCCCUCUUGACCUGGCCCUUGGGACUCUGCCCUGGCCAAACACCCUCAUUGGUCCUUCUCCGCACCCUCCUCUAGUGAUUUUACUUUGCUGGAACAUGUCAUUGAACUGAGAAAACAACUCUUUCUGGCCAGGAUGGAGACUGAUGUUUGUGUGUGGCCAUGCCCACCACUGGCUCAUGGCCCUUGGAAUGUUUGCCAUAAUAUGGCCCUCUGAAUGGAAAAGGUUCCCUACCCUUGGCAUAAACAAAUAUCCUAGGCCACAGUGCUAAAUAAAGUUCUGAAGAAUCUACAGAUUACCCAGAACAGUGUUUCUGAAACAGUUGACCAGGAUCAGCCAGUGGGUCUCAGUGCCACUGGAUGAAACAAACAGGUAAUUUUUGGGGGGUAGGGUUACGGUACAAGUUGAGUCUGAAAGGAGAAUGGGAGAAGAAAUUGUAGGAGAUGGGUAAAAUACUUUGAGAUGCACGUAGGGAUGGGAAGGGGGGAAAACAAAAGAAAAAACAUUUUCCUACUCUGAAUCAGACUUUGGAUCGGCAAACUUUGCCCCAAAUGUAGAGGUUGUACCUUAUCUCCAGAGCAGAUGUCUGUACUGAGCUUAAGGAAAGCUGAGCUAUAGAACUCCUUGCUACAAGGAAAAUACCAUGGCAAAGAAUUUAGCAAUAUCCAGAGAUGGAUUAGAUAGCAUGAUGUCAGUAACAGCCAGCUGAUUGUACCAAAGUCUUCUUCCGUUCUGUGAUGAUGAACCUCAGGAAUUUCCAGCCAUCUCAGGUUUUGCCUAGAGGGUAGAAAGCUUGAUAAUUCCUCAUCUAUCAUUUUAAAACUCAGUAUGACACACAGUCAACAAGAUCAUAUAACUCAUUAGUCACACUAAUGACUUGAGUGUUGGAAUUCCUUUCCCUUAUCAAAGGGAAUAAUUUUCUUUGGAGAUAGAAUAAGGCAAGUGGGACCUACAUUUUUAAAAAAUAGAAUACCUUUUUUGUAUUUUUGCACUUCCACUCAAGUUUGAUGAUAUCCCCCUCUUUUUUGUGGAUAGUAUAGCUUUGACUACAUAAUAAGCAUCAAAAACUUGAGCUUUAGGGAACUUUCUCACAGGUUCUCCUCUUUAGAAUCUUUUUUGUUUUACCUUUAGUAAAAGAGUCCCUUAUCACUAGAUCGGCUUCAAGGGAAAGAGCAAAAUAGGCUGUUGAAAAUGGAUGAAAAUAUAUUUGAGAUAUUUCUCAAAUUCUAAAAGUUAUUGGGGAGAGGGAUCUGGUAUGAAGGCUGUUGAAGUGCAUCUGUUUUCCUUGAUGCUUUUGAAGUGUGUGUCUCUUGUCUAUUUGCAAGGGACUGUGGUUGUAUUCAGCAGCACUGUAAGAAUGUGAACAGAUGCCUGGUCUGCUUACUGGCAGCUGUCUUAGCAAUCUUUCAGAAGUAAAAACUGUUUUGUUUCUCAGGAAGAUUUCUGGGAGCUUGGAAAUGCAAAUAUUAAAUCACUGUGGUUUGAGGUGGAGAAGAUUUCCUUCCACCAACUGGAACUGAGUAAAAUGCAGUUAAAGGAACUGAUUCUGUUUUCUACAUUUCAUAUCUGCUUUUGUAAGCCACCCCUUUAUAGCCCAAAGGGAAGUAGUUCGUUUUUUCUCAGCAUUUUUGCAUUGGUAUAAUCCCUUGACAUGAAUAUAAAUAGGGUGUCUUGCCCCGAGUGUCUCCUAAAGAUAUUACAGAGUAAAUCAGCAAGUUCUCCUGUUCCUUACUGUAGUUGCCAAGGAAGCUGAAAAGAAACUCCUGGCAUUUUGCAGCAGCAGUAGUUCCUGCACUCAAGUAAAAACAGGAAUGGAGUGUGAGAUGUAGUAAAGCAAACAGUUUUCUAUAAGUUUUGUCCAAUGCUUAAGAUUGAUGAGCUCUUCAAGAGUUCAUACACAUCAUAGGAGCAAUAUACACUGUAAAACUGAAAUGAAUGCAAGUUCUUUCCCCUUAUUCCAGUUGGUAUACUGUAAUACAAAUUAUUGCUGAUCUUCUUCCAGCUGAUGGAAUACACAGCCAUGACUCUUUAGGUGGUGUGUACAAUCUGCUUCACUUAAAUGUUUAUGAACUAUAUAAUCUGCCAAAGUGCAUAGACAGUUCACAUUCCCCCUCAGCCUUCAGUGGAUUAAAGUAUUAUUCUCUAGAAUGGCAUCAUGUUUCAUGUACAAGGCAAAAGCCUGCUCUAAAUAAGCUCGCAAGCACCUCCAAUCUAAGAUCGAAGCUCAUAUGUUUGCUACAAGAAAGCAUUGGCAUUCAGGGAAGUUUUUAAUGUGUGAUGUUGUAUUGUGUUUUUACUGUUUUUUGUUGGAAGCUGCCCAGAGUGGCUGGGGUAGUCAGAUGAGUGACAUAUAAAUAAGUUGUUGUUGUUGUUGUUGUUGUAGUGCAUAACUCUCGGUCUCUUCUGCAUUCUACUCUUUUUGGACCUGGCAAAUGAUAUUUCAUGAAUCCAUUUAAAAGCUGGUUAGCACUUUGAGCUUUCAGCAAUUUCACUGUAAGCUCCUUAAUUUUUAUUUCUUAAUGGUCUCACACUUGGAACCAAAUACCUUCUAUGCUGAGUAUGUUUUGGGAGCACUCAUGAUUCAGAAGGGAAUAUGAACAUUUCAUGAGAGUUGGUUGCUAGCUGUCAGAGUCACCAUAGCAAGAAAGGAAUAUAACCUUUUCAAAUAAAGUUCAGAUUAAUUGGGGAUGGGAGGGUGGUUUUGAGCUCUUUAAAUGGCUUAUUUGCAUUGGUAUCUUAGCAGUUAGUGCUGAAUUGAAAUUGAUGUUAGCAUCCAUCUGUCUUGAGAAAUAAUGGAGUGUGCCUCUGGGGGUGAAGUCAAACCAUUGUGUUAGCAGCACCAAGUGACCACCUUAGGGUGCAAGCCUGGGCAGUGUGUAUGGAGGUCCUGGGCUGCCCAGACAACAAGACCCCGCCCUCGCUGAUGGUGGUCCAAAGGAAAGCAGAGCAAUAUGUUUGGCACCAGCUUGGCUGCAGGAGUUGCGAUAAGGAAGCAUAUAAGGCACCAUCCAAUUGUCUUAGGGACUCCAGUCUGGAUUUGUGUAGGGUUUCCUCCUUAGCUUUUUCUUCUCCUGAAAAACAGUGGAGGUUUAGGAUCAGUUUUUCUUCUCUGAGACGGGCUGCCUUCCCAGCUUGACAAGCCCCAGCUACCUCUUGAGGUGAAAUAAUGUUGCAUUUAUUUAUUAUAUUUUAAAUGUUGCAAAUUUACAAAACAAAAUGAUCACAAUUGCACAAUGUAUAAACAGAAUGGGUAGUCUUAAUAGAAUUUGAUCACCAAAGGGCAGUGCCUACUUAAUUUAAUAUAAUAACAAUAACAACAACAACAACAACAACAAUAAUAAUAAAUUUUAUUUAUAUCCCGCCCUCCCCAGCCGAAGCCGGGCUCAAGGCGGCUAACAACAAUCAAAUAAUCAAACAAUCAAAUAAUCCAACAUUCUAAAAACAUUUCAUUAUAAAAAUUAAUUAAAAUCAAAUUAAUGGCAACCAUUAAGCAAAAUUCUGUGCAGGUUGCCAGAGGAGGGAGUCAGGCUGCGCCCUGACCAAAGGCCUGGUGGAACAACUCUGUCUUGCAGGCCCUGCAGAAAGAUAUGCUGAGGCUCACUUCUCGCUCUGUGCUGCUGCUGCUCCUUCAUCCUCCUCUGCAUUUGCCUUGGCUGCCACCUCCUCAUCCUCUCUGCUGUCAUUUGUGGAGAGGCCCACUGACACUUCCUUAGAGCAGGAGAGAGGAGCUGGGGUUGCCCACUGCAGUGGUGGCCAGAGGGUUCACUCUGAGGUUCACCCCGCAAUCCUGAAGUGACACUGCCUACUUUAAUCAAACAUAGAGAGUUCCAUGUGGGGGCGGGGGUUAUAGGUUUAGUUUAGAAACGCUUUCAGUUAGCUGCCGAAAAGGAUGUGGAAGGGAAAUGGUUCAGACCUGCUAUCAGAUGCAAAAGCACUCAGCGCAGGAUAUAAACUCUUGUGUGGCCUGGUGGUGAUGCAGGCGAUUGGGGAAAGAGUGGGAAGUGGGGAUGUGGGCCGGAUGCAAGAUGGAUUGUUACCUAGAAGCUUAAAGUAGCAGGAACUGGUAGUCCCAUACCAGUUUACGCACAUAUCAGAGCACAAACAGAAUUUUGAGUUGGGGCAGUGUUUAUAAACUUCAACAAUGCAAAUAUUUUAAAACAAUGUUUUAAAAGAAAGUGGAUUUUGGAAAGCUAGCAAUAGACUCGUAGCAGCUUUAACGAUUUUAGAUGAGUUGUUACAUUCUCUUCAGCAUAAAAGCGUAUGCUACUUGACAGCAGCCUUUCAGCAUUACGUUCUAGCAGGCUUCUUGAGUAACUACUUUCAGCAUACCUUAAGUUCCUCUCGUAUACUUUCAUCUGGUUACAAUGGGUGUUUUCACUUCCGAUUCAAACGGUUCAUGCAGUACUAAUUUGACCCACCCUUCAGUGGCUUCACUUGAUUGCUGCACUGUUCUGGCAGUAAGAUUGUUUUUAAUGCUUUUCUGAAUUGAAGGCUAUAUAGAAAUGUGUACUUAAUACCUCAAAGAUAUAUACUUGGAGACUAGUCCAGACAAGCUAAUGCCAUAAUAAAUGUGUUAAUCUUUAUAGAACCACAAGAUUCUUUUGUUUUUUCUGCAACACACUAAAACAACCUGCCUCUCUGGAAAUUAUUUCUGAAUGUGUCUAUGAUGUUCAAAGUUGUUUGAUCUAUAUUUCUUCUAAAGAGACUUGAUCCCAGUUUAUAUUGUAACUUUUUUGCAAACUUUGGCGCUCAGGAUAUGAUACAGACAUGCUUGUAUGUUGUCAUCUUGCAGAAUUACUUUAAGUUUACUUGUGUAAUACUGGUGUCACUUGAAUAGUUAACAAAUGAUUGCCUUGUACUUAUGAAAGCACUUUAAAAAAAGUUCUAUCUUCCACUUAUUUCAAUCUUUAGGAAAUCAAAACUUGCACAAUCAUAAAAAGGCCACACAAAAGUUGGGUUUUAUAUUACCAUAACCAGUGUUAGAAACUGGGAUACAAAAACUAGGAGCCAAAUAGCUUCUGGGACCUGGGUUGUGGGCGCCAAAAGAAUGUAGUCGCCACUGGGUGUGUGUGUGGAGGGUCUCAACACUUUUUAUUUAUUAUUUUGAUAAGCAUGAAUUAAUGUGCAAUUCACAUAAGUGACACAUUGUUAAUAUCACACUUUAAACAUUUUACAUGUUUAAUUUGGUGUUUUCAAAACACUAUUUAUUGUUAAACUCCUUAACAUAUUGUCUAUUCUUAACGUAUACUUUGAGGCUUCAAAGCACAUACGUUUCACUAAUCCUUGAGUGUCAGCCAGGCGCAAAAAAUGGCACCCAGACUUUUUGAGGUGCUCACAAAUGGAGAAUCUUUAGGUGCAAAAUGUUCCUGGUGCCCUGCUAAUUUCAAACCCUAACAGCCCAAACAGCUUUAGUUGGUGCCUCUUAACACAGUGUGGAGGACCAGAUCAAGAAUAAUUUUUCAGUUAAAUGGGGCAGCUAACUUGUAUCAGCACCUUCUAUAAGCACAUAAUUGCAACAUGAUUUGCAUAUAUGAUAUGCAUGUAUGCAUAGCUAUGGGUAUACUCAGCUUCAUUAUCGUCCCUAUUUCUGCAUAGAAAAAUGUCUAAAGAUACACAUAAAAUAAUACCUUUUCCUGCAGAUAUGCUACUCAGAAUUUAUUUCUGUUUUGUUCUCACAAUUUCUAGUAUAUUUUAAUACCACACUAUGAUUUGUAAGCAUACAUUGAGAGAGUACAUAAAAUAUACCUUGUAUCACUAACUCUAUGGAUUGUGAGGAUAAUUAAAAGUACAUUCAGAUUCAGAAGAAACUGAUCCAUGUUAUGUGCCCUUCAGUAUAAACUUGUAGAUGGUUUACGGUGAACUCUUCAAAUCCUUAAAAGGAUUUUUUCUUGGAAUCUCACUUUUUGGAAACAGUGUUGGUACAACCUGUUGGUUGUAAGAAAUAGGGACAAGCCAUGCAACUGACAGUAUAGUUGUUAGUGAUAAAUUUAGGUGUACAUGAAUGAAAACUUCGGUAAAUGUGAAUUUCUGCAUUUUACUGGAUCAGAGUCUGUUUGUGUGGUCCCCGUGUUUUUAUGCUUUCAUUAUUUGCAAAGGACUGUGGUGCUGCAGGAGUUGUUGAGCAACAGGCCCUGUUUUCAUACUCUGUGGAUUUUUUUAUCAACCUGCUAAAAUGCAUUGUAACUUCCUCUCCCCGCUGUCUACAGCAGAAUACGGAAACCUUGCUGCUUGAGGCCACUUCUGCAAUUGCAAGAGUUAAGAAUUGGGUGGGGAUGACAGGGCUUCUCUCCUACACACUAAUGUUCUGGAGCUAAAAGAAAAGAAAAUGAAGAGAAAAAUAUGCUCUGCAUUGUGGCAUGUCACAGUAACCUGUUCCACACUUAAUUCUUUGUCUGCCUCAUUGCAGUGCUACAGUUGAAGCUCCAGCAGCGGCGAACACGCGAGGAGCUGGUUAGCCAAGGGAUCAUGCCUCGUAAGUAUAACUUGUUUAAACUUCUUCUUUCUCUUUGAAUACACAAUGUCUUUUUUUGAGAUGAGAGAGAGCUUUGAAACAUCUGCCCUUCCAAGAUCCAUUCCACUUCAGUCCCCAUGUACGGUGUGUGGAGCCUUGUGCCAUUUUUAAUUUCUAGGACUGGUACCCUAGCAUCUAUUUUCUGGAAGUUGCUUGCUGCACAGAGUAAGAUGUGGCUGUAUUACUUGAUAAAGAAGGACUUACGGGAAGAUGUUGCCAUGCUAGAAACAUGUGAAAAACUGGGUGCAUGGUAGUCAUUUUCUUAGCAUGCUUUCUGCCAUUGAGCUGGGAGUGUGGCUGCACACAUGCUUAGUAGUACCCCGGCUAUAAAAUGUUCAUGCAACAAAGAUUUUUUCUGCAUUUGCUACUGUUUAGAAUUUCACUGUAACCUUUAGACAGCAGGUUUUGUUGCAUGGUGACAAGUGCUGCAAUAGCUUGUUCAUUAGGUGUGGCUCAAGUCAAUGAUGAAACAAAUAUAUGCAGGGCUAAGGAACGCUUUGAAAAUAACUUUUUAGUGUAUGAAAAGUUAUGAUCAAAUAGACAAAUGCAUCAGGAGAAGUAACAUGAGGGCUGGUAGAAAAGCAGUUGAAUUAUUUUUGCAUGCUCUGUAGUGUAUUUGCCUUGAAGCCUUUACAAAGGUGUUGGCUCUGCUAAGAAUUGUGCAAGCAUCGGCUCAGCGUACCAAUGUCAUGUUGCUGUUUUGCUACAAGAGUACUAGACGACUCAUUUUGGGUUAGAAGGAUUUUCUUUGUUCUUGUUAUAAGCAGCAUCCAGAUAUAUCAACAUUUUAUUUUGCAAGUCCUAGCUGUUGCAAUAACAACUGGGACUUUAUGUGAAGCUGGCCUAUAAACAUUUUUGUCUGUUGAUUAGUUGGAAGUACACAGUUGUUUCUGGGGGAAGUUCCUGGCUCUCUAAAAGCUGAAAAGCAAAUAAAGAGGAGUUUGGAGGGCCCUUUCUUGCACAUAUAUUUUCCUGUAUCUCGAUACUAGUAAAUUAUUCCGUUCACUUUUGGUUUCUGUUCUUCAUGUUCAGACAUAUGAUUUUAGUUGGCAUGUUUAUAAAAUUUCUCAAAUUCUAAAAAAUUGUUCCAUGAUUCUCUGCUUUGUUUGUGCCUUUUGUGAGCAAAGUGGUUUCAAACAGAACCCCGGUGUAAAGGGUGCUCUAACCGACUCCCCAGUGCCUCAUGCUGACCUGUUCAGCAUCUUUAAUUUCAGUAUUGACAACCGUAGUAAAAUGUGCAGCAACAAUUGCAUGUUGAAUGACUGUUUUCCAAGUGACUUUCUUUAUAAUGGAUUUGAGAAGUUUUUGGAUACUUUUGAAGUGUUACAGCAGCUAAUUGGGCUAUUUCCGUUGCUGCCUCUGUAGUUCCAAUAGGCAGGAGUCUGGAUUCUGUAUGCAUGCUGGCUUGCUUUGUUGGCAAUGGCACUAGAUGUAAACAAAUUUAAGAGCAAUCAGGUGUUUUGAAUAGGUGUAUUAUAGGCAGAAAACUAAUAUAAAACUUGAUCUUUUCAGUAUAAACAGACAUAUUUGGCAAGCAGAUUAGUGAAUGUUAUUCCUCUAGUGCAGAGAGAGUCUAAAAAACUUGUCAAGGAUACAUUGAUAGCAAAUAAAACAAAUACCAUUAGUUGAAAAUGUAUUAUUGCAAAACUAGGGUUAGCUCACCUUUUCUUUUCUUCACUGCCAUCCUCAUGUCUCAUUUGUGGGCCUGCCAUUCAAUUUUAAAACACUUCCAGUCAAUUAACCAUCAGUUUUACUUUAUUUAUUGGUAAGUUAAGCUUGCACAUGAAAUUCUGAUUUAAAAUGUUAAUGGACACUUUUAAAUGUUCAGGCAUACUCUCUAGGACUUUUUUUUUAAACAGAAAGGAAAACACAUACAACUCUGAUACAUUGGAUAGAUCAGAAGAAAUAUUUGUUCUAGACCAAAGAAUUAUAUUGUUGCAUGGGGGGGGGGUUAAAUGGAAGAGAGGGGAUGUGGAAGAAAAGAAGUAGGUUUCAGUUCAUAGUGUUUUAAUAAGAUGUAUCUAAUUUUCAUUUUAAAUGUCAGUGUGCAGCUAUUUUUUGUAUAUUGAAAUUUGAGAGAUGAAGGUGACCCAGGCCAUGUCUGUGAGGAAGCAACUCCAAAGUGCUGGGGAUUUCCCUUUCUAGCAGUGGGUGGAGCUGUUGGGGACCCACAGCCUGCCUGCCCUUCCCCAGACUAUUGUGCUUCAGUGAGAAGCAGCAAGAGGGGCUUCUAGGAACCCAGUACCCAUCCUUUUCUGCCUCCCAUCCCCAACCCGGUCUUCCCCACUGGUUGGCUAGGCUUUUGACUGGAGGAGCAGGCAGCAGUAUCACCAGUGCCUUCCACCUUGAUGACAGCAAGCAAAACCUUGGCUUUAGAUCUCUGCCAGGAGUCCACACAACCCUUGUCAUCCCUUCCUAUGAUAUGUAGUCAUUGCUAGAUCAAUGAAGUGCCAUAUCCAUUCAAAAUAAUUAUAUUUUAUCCCACCGUUCCUUCAGUGAGCUCAAAGCAACGUACAUAAAUUUAUCUUCACCACAACCCUUUGAGGUAGGAUAAGCUGGGAAAGUGUAACUGGCUCACAGUCACGCAGUGAGCUUUAUGGUUGAGUGGAGGUUGAUUAAAAACUUUGAUUGACUACUUGGGUUCAUUAGUUAGUUCUUAUUUCAGUCCUACUUAUUUGCAUUCUUUUUGUUUAUUGACUACACUUUAUCAGGCACAGGUCUCUUGGCUGCCAGGGUUUACCUGUAGCAUAGAUCAGGAAUGGGGGCCUUGUGGCCCUCCAGAUGUUGGACUACUACUCCCAUCAUUCCCCAUAAUUUUUCUUUAGGGGUGUGUGUACAUUUUCCCAAUCAUUGUCGUAGAUACACAGAGUAAGCAUUCUGUGUAGAAUGCUGUGCUUCAAACUAUAAAACACUUCAUAUUGUACUUUUAAUCUAUUAUUAGAUAAAUGCCCAUCACUCUGAUAAUAAGGUAUGCAUGUAGAGGAAGGGGCUGUAGGGUGCUGUGCAUCUCUGUAUACAGAGGGCCUUGUUAAUGGAGGCCAGUCCUCCUGUUGUUAUGGUUGGCAGGUUGGUUUAGGCCCCCGGUGCAGUGCUUUAUUUUUGGAAACAAUUUUGGGAUAAAGUAUAGGGGCACAAGGAGAUAGUUGAGAUGGAGGCCUGGCUUGUUCCAGUGUCACAGUGAUUCCAGUGACAGGGAUGAGGGUCAGGUUUUACCCCAUACCUCCCGUUAUGUUCCAGAGUGAAACCAGAUUAGAAACUUCAGUGAUUAAGUGGUAUAUAAAUAGCUUAAAUAUAUGCAUACAUGGGACGCGGGUGGUGCUGUGGUCUAAACCACAGAGCCUAGGACUUGCUGAUCAGAAGGUCGGCGGUUUGAAUCCCCAUGAUGGGGUGAGCUCCUGUUGCUCAGUCCCUGCUCCUGCCAACCUAGCAGUUUGAAAGCAUGAAGUGCUAGUAGAUAAAUAGGUACCGCUCCGGUGGGAAGGUAAACGGCAUUUCCGUGCGCUGUUCUGGUUCACCAGAAGCGGCUUAGUCAUGCUGGCCACAUGACCCAGAAGCUGUACGCCAGCUCUCUCGGCCAAUAAAGCGAGAUGAGCGCCGCAACCCCAGAGUUGGCCACGAUUGGACCUAAUGGUCAGGGGUCCCUUUACCUUUUUAUGCAUACAUACUUUGUUCUAAUGAAAGCAUUGGAGAACUGAACUAGCCCAUGUUUGCAUAGUUCAGCCCUGAUUCUGCAUCUUGGUAGGAUAAAACCGUAGAGAUUGACUAUUGCUAAUCUUAAUGGAAAUUUAGAAUCAAGGCACCUUUGCCGGUCCUAGUAUAGAAUAGUGGCUGCCAUAAGAGUAGAAAUGCAUAAAUUGUCCUCCAUCCUUGCCUCUGUGCACGUUCAGUGUAAGUAUAUUCAGGUAUGUUAUAAUGACACUCCUUGACCUUGCUUUUGAGGGAAGCCAUCCUUCUGGGUUUCUCCUCCAAAAAUUGUUUACAUAAAACAAGCACAUGAUAAACAAAAAUAAAGGUUUUAAUCACCAGAGUGAGAAGGAAGAGGACUGAAUUUACAUUAUGAGGUCUGGUAUCUUGCGUUAUUAAUAGUAUGAGCUGACCAUAAUGCCAGUGUGCAAUUCAGAGAGAUUCUAGAAGUUGUUCAUUUUAACUUGGCAGUGUUGCAAAUUAGAGAAACCACAAAAGGCCAGACGCUUCUGCUUGUUGUGUCCUCCAAUCCCAUUCAUUCAGAUUAUAUGAGUAUUUUGUUAAACUUCCUUAAUUUAAACAGUUCAGUAUGUAUAAGGCAAGGCUGAGGGCUGCAUAUUCUAGAUAUAUAGUUCAGUUAUGAACUUACUCAACUUGUGAAAUGCCUAGGGAGGAGAGGGAUUGCAGUCAAGGACCUGAUAGGUCCCAUUUUACUCACUUAAAUGGAUCCUAUCUUUGCAUUUUUGGGCAUUCUUCCUAGAACAGAUUUGAGGUCAGAGCAGUUUGUUCCAAAACAGAUCUGCAUUUGAGGUUGGAGCAGAAAAAAAUAGGAAGCUUUUACAUUUAUUUUUCUCAAGUACACUUAAGCUUGCUUAAAUACCCAUUCAAAACAACCCAUCUCCUUUUAGAAUAAUGCAAGCUGUUGGCUGUACUUUUACUUCUUAUACUUUUUAAACUAGUGGAAUUAAAACCACAUUGUGUGCCUUCAUUAACUUUCUUGGUAUGCUAAUAGUGAAAUAUUAUUUUGCCCUGAGUAAACUUGUAAAACGUGAUGGGCUUUGUCAGACUGGGAGCUAGUAAACCUGCAUAUACUCUACAGUUCAGCAUUUCCUAAUGCAUUGUGGCUAUCUCAAGCAGCUAACUUAAAAGCACCAUUUUUAGAUGAAGUUAACCUUUUCAUUUCUUGAAGGCCAGCAUACAGUGGUACCUCUUAAUUCGUUCUGAGGGUCUGUUCUUAACCUGAAACUGUUCUUAACCUGAGGUACCACUUUAGCUAAUAGAGUCUCCUGCUGCCGCCGCACUGUGGCGGCGUGAUUUCUGUUCUCAUCCUGAAGCAAAGUUCUUAACCCAAGGUACAAUUUCUGGGUUAGCGGAGUCUGUAACCUAAAGCGUCUGUAACCUGACAAACUGUAUUUGUCACACACAACUCAACUAGAAUAUCAAGGAUAAGACCAUAGCUCAGUGGCACGUGUUAUAUAUGCAGGCAUCCCAGGCUUAAUUCCCAAUAUCUCCAUGUAGGGCUUGGAAAAAGCUAUGUCUGAAAUGCUGGAGAGCCUCUGCCACCAGCCAUUGUAGUUCAAGGAUGGGAAACCCUUUUCAGCCCAAGGGCUGCACUGUUUUCAUGGGCAAAAUUGGGACUUUCCCAUUUGUACAGCAUGACAUUCUACAUUCCAGCUACAUGAAAAUCAGAGGUGUCUACUGGGCUGGUAAGAGAUGAGUCCUAGGGUGAGUCUCAAGGAUUGACUAGAGAGGUCAGGGGGAUUACAGUGGUCCCUUGGUUCUGAUUCUCCCCCCCCCCUCUAAUUGUAGACAGAUACUGAGUAGAUUGAUCAGUGUACGACAGAUUUUUAUGUUAGUUGUAUCUGCAUUGAGGUUUACUGGCCAAUUUCUGCUGGUGCUUGCUGCCAAUCUCCUCCUCUAAGUUAUCUGGCAUGCACAAGGAGGCUUGUGGGAGAGACAAGGGUUUCUCUAAUUUGUGCUGCAUUAUGGAAAAAGUAAGAAAUGGGAGGGGCCUCUCCCACACUUUUAUUAUCCAAACACCUGGUCAAACUAGAGUAGACCUUGCCUUUCCCUUGAGUCUUCUGAUACUUGAAGAGAGCUUGAGGGAAAGGCAGGAUUCUUAUCCUUUGUGGUAUUUUGGGAACAAUGAGGAACCAUAGGAGUCUUUCCCUACUCCUUCACAAUCUCUGACUUGAAAGGAAGUGAAAGAAGAUCAGCCUUUCCCUUGAGCCUUCUGGCAAGUGGAAAAGAGCUCUUAUUUGCACUGAAAUUUGAAUGUGAACAAGUGCGAGAGGGUACAGCUGUUUUCUAGCUUCUCCAAAUGACAGCAAAAAGGGAGGCUGAGCGAGGAAUAUUAGGUACUGUUGGGCAUCCUACUUUCAUAUUUUGAAAUUUUCACAUGAAUUUGGUCGAGAACUAGUGUCAUGUAGUAGUUAAUGAGACCAGGCCAAUCUGGGUUCAAAUCCCCAUUCAGCCAUGUAGCUUACUGAACUAGUCACUGUCUCUUAGCCCAACCCUACUUCACAGGCUUGUUGUGAGAAUUAGCUGAGAACUCACAUUGAGUAGGGUUUGGGGUUGUUUUUUGAGGAAUAAAAAAUAGUAUAGUAUAUAGGCUACAAAACAGAAACUUUGCAACACCAUUAUUAGCUAAUUCAUGCUUUUAAAUGUAGAGUAAAGAAGAUACCAGAAUUUUGUCCAGUGGGAACAUUGUCUUGAUAUAUUUUGCUUUUAAACUCUAGCUCAGGAGUGGGAAAUGUCUGUCCCUAAGGCCCAGUUAGGCUUUCCAGGCCUUAUCAUUUGGCCCGCAAGGCUGAUAUGAUCAAGGCAUAUCCACUUGCCAUCAUAUUAAUUAGGCCUUUGGCUAAUUAAACAGUCUUUGGCUUUUUAUGUAUUUUUGUGUUUUUAUAUUGUAAAAUGCCUUGUGAUCCUCUCUGAUGAAGGGCCGCAUAGAAAAUGACACUAGGCAUGUGCCUAUACUUGAAAAAGGGGUUUGUAUGCAGGCGCCAUCUGGAAAGACUUUGCAGUGUUUCAAAAUGUUGUGUACCACAUGGGUCACCUGGUACUAUUGUGAUGUUAGGGAAUUGAGUGGUGUGUGGUCUUGCCCACCUGUUACAUGGCGCACAAGGGUGGAGGGAUAUGAAUCUGGCCUGCUGGCUGGAUUCAGUUCCCCACCCCUGCCCUUGUUACCACUUCAUGCACUAUGUUUUACCUUGAUGCCCUAAUUGUGAAGCUUACCUAAGUGUUGAGAGAAAGAUGCCCAGAACCCAUACAGAGAAGAACCAUCACUAGAAUUGUACUGUACUUGAAUUGUGUGUUCACAACUAGCACCGCCUCCUAUACAAAAGACAUUAGGUGUAGUGGCCUCCACAACAGUUUUAUAUAUAAGGCUAAAAAAAGACUACUAGUCUCCCGACAUGCUUCAAGUGCAGUUAUCUUCCAAGACAGAAAUGUCCAUAUUGUAGAGCAUGUUUAAUAAAAUUAUGUGGUGAAACCACAGGAGACAUCUGCCCUGUUCCUUCCAUUAUGCAUUUUGCAGGUUGUUGGAUACUGUCAACACUUCCAAACCACCAAGCAGGAAGGAAAUCCACAGAAAUUGAUUGUGAAAAUAUAGCCUUGCAAGCACAGUGGUCUUGUGGUUAGUGCUUUACAUAGACCUCUGCCUCUCUCUCCCUGUUGUGAGACAAGUACGGUGGAGAGGGCAUUGCUGCAGGAACCCCAUCCUUGACUCCUUGUGCUGCUCUGUAGUGCCCCUUUGUGAUCAGUGUAGGAAUGACAUUGAUGGAACCCUGUCAACAAGAAUUUGAAAAGACUAUAAAGAUUACCUAUCUUUUAACUUUACUCACAUUUGUCCCUGGCAUCAAAUGACAAUAUUUCUUCAAGUUACCAGCUUGGGGUAUUGCAGAAGUAAUGGACUUGUCUUUCAUACAUGAUCCUAAAUCAUGGUUCAGAGUUAUAGCAAUGAGCUGCAGUGAGUUCUCACCACUUCUCAGGAGCCAUGAUGAAGAGUGUAGAAAGCUUUUGGUUCCUUUUAAAUUAACCACAGAUUGUUGCAAUGUCCAAAUCUAGAUACACUGACCCAAUUCACAUGUAACACUAAACCAAACAAUGAUAUAUCAUUAUGAGGAUGAACUGCGGCAAACCAUGGCCUCAUGUGUUCUCCCCUCCUUCCACAAGGAAGAGAUCAGAAGCUACUAAGUUAGAUUAACCACAGUUCAGCAUUAUGUCUGAACCCUUAACUAUGGUUUGUUGAAAAAAACCCAGCUUCUUAAACUAUGAAGAUGUCUUGUUUUAAGAAACUGUAAUUAAGAUCUGUAAUUAAGAAUUACCGGUAAGUUUGUUGGGUCUGAAAUGAAAUGGCAAGCUGCGGUCAAUCUAAAAUGGAAGCAAAAGUAUUCUGCCUGAAUGCAGCCAGUUUGUCUUUUAAUCAUUAAGCUUUCUCAAUAGAAUUCCUUCUGAUUUGUGGGAUUAGUAAGAAGUCUAACAUAGGAAGGAAUGUUUCUAUUUUGGGAUUAGUUAAUAACUAUGAAAAACUAUUGUACAAGUACUUAAAACAUAUUUUAAAGAGAAUUACAACUAGUUGAUGUUAUCGACUGGUAGGUCAAGGGAGCUCAGAGUAAAUAUACUGGAGAGAGAGAGUAAAUGGUACAUUGCUGUAGUCUAGUUGAAGCUGCCUUUCUGGUCCAUGAUGCUAGAAUGAUUGCAAAUGACUUCUUGUUUUUGCGACCAAUAUAGUGGUCAAUAAGAUGAACAAUCUGAACCAGCAAUAUACAGCAUUCAGUUGAAUUAGUGUUCUGUGGUUGUAUGAAGCUUUUUAAAAGUGGUGCUAUGUUCAGAAUGCAGUAGUCCACUUUAACCAAAUCCUUGCAGAACACAAAACAGAGCUAUCAACAGCUUUAACUUUUUCUGGAAGUGUAUUAUCUACAUUUCAUGUAUAAACUAAUCCAUUUGUUCCCAUGGCUCCUGGUAUUUAGUUGGUCAUGCUUUCAGCUAAGUUCUGUGUGUGUUUCAAGAGCAGUUAAUAAGUAGCAAAAAUGAGGAAAUGCUAUCUAAAUGGCUUCGCCUUUUCUCAUAAUUUUAAUCUGCUAAAAAGGAACAUUUCUCUGCCCUGCUUCAUUUCCUCACCAUUUGAACUAGAUGGGAAAGAUACUGUAGUUUACUUUAAAUGUGAACUACAAAGCUACCCUGCAUAACAAAUUAUGCCAGACUUAAUGAACUAUGUGUUCUUCACAUACAGGGAACUUCAGGAUCUUUGGCAAAGAGAGACAUUUGUUUUAAUACAAGUUUGCUCUGGUGGAACAGGAAGCUGCCUUCUAUGGAGUCAGACCGUUGGUCCAUCUAGGUCCGCAUUGUUUACACCAACUGACAGCAUCUUUCUAGUGUUUCCAACAGAAGACAUUCCCAGCCCUACCUAGAGAUAUUGGGGAUUGAGACCUGGGAGCUUCUCCAUCCACUGAGCUUCCAGGUUCAGUCACCAUGCCUCAAGGUUGCAUGUGCCAACAGUUGCAGGGAGUUAGUUUCAUAUUUGUGAUGACUGAGAGUGCUGCAAGAACAAGGAUACAGAGGAAGGAAGGGAAGUUAUAAAGCAUCAUUAAGAUCAAUUGAUCUACUCUCUUCUCUCACUCAGAGGUUGCAAAUCUAAAGCACAUUUGGGAGAGCUUCAGAAGUUGUUACUUCAAUGUCAUGCCCUUAUCAUGCAUCACAAAUAGAAGCUAUGAGAUAUACUGUAUACGCAAGCCUUUAUUAUGCCGACUCUCUGGAUUGUAGCUAAUGCUCCUAAUUUUAAAAACAGAGAAGGCACAAGUCUCACUGUUUUCCUGGGAAUACUGGCAAGCUACUAUAAUAUCUUCAUGGAUCACUGCCUUGCCAUGGCGAAGGGGCUUGAAUAACUCAGAGAAGCUAUGAGCUAUGCCGUGCAGGGCCACCCAAGAUGGACAGGUCAUAGUAGAGAGUUUUGACCAAAUGUGAUCCACCUGGAGCAGGAACCGGCAAGUCACUCCAGUAUCCCUGCCAAGAAAACUCCAUGGACAAAGGCAACUAUAAUAUCUACAGUGUUUAAUAUAAUUUUCUGUUCAUUUUAUGGCAAAUACUUACUCAUCAAACCUGUGCCAUGCUCAUGAACAGCCUCUUUGAUUGGUUUCACUGUAGUGCAGAUCUUCACCUACAUCAAGGAGUCUCCAGAGGAAUAUUUCCCAUGCUGCAUUUCCCAUAGGUAAAGGUAAAGGGACCCCUGACCAUUAGGUCCAGUCGUGACCGACUCUGGGGUUGCUACGCUCAUCUCGCUUUAUUGCCCGAGGGAGCCGGCGUACAGCUUCCAGGUCAUGUGGCCAGCAUGACUAAGCCGCUUCUGGCGAACCAGAGCAGCGCACGGAAACGCCGUUUACCUUCCCGCCGUUUACCUUACCUAUUUAUCUACUUGCACUUUGACGUGCUUUCGAACUGCUAGGUUGGCAGGAGCAGGGACAGAGCAACGGGAGCUCACCCCGUCUCAGGGAUUCGAACCACCAACCUUCUGAUCGGCAAGCCCUAGGCUCGGUGGUUUAACCCACAGUGCCACCCACGCCCCAUGCAUUUCCCAUGCUUUGCUGCAAAACAGGUAUAUGCAAACUGUUUUCAAAGCACUGAGUCAAGUGAUCUAUGUUUAUUUUCUCCUUGGAAGGCAUUGAUUGUUUGGGAUCCAGUGUGCUGUCUGAGGACAGAUUUGCAUAUGACACUAAAGCUAAACAUGCUUUCAGAAAUGGUGUACAUUCCUCAAAGCAAAACGAAAUGAAACUCUUGAUGACAAGAAAAAAAGAACUCUUUUGCAGCUAAAGCUUUUCUAUUAGAAAAAAUAAACAAUGUUCUGAGUCUGUUGUUCAGAUACAGCCCAACUGCUUAGCGGUAAGAGUAUUUUUGGAUUUAUGAGCAUGUGCGUUUACCCUACCAUAAAUCAAGUGUAAACCCUCUCUGUCGCCUGGGGCCACAGGGCUAUGGCGACCUUACAGUAUUAUCAUAUUGUAUACUUACAGUGAUCUCAGUUCUGGCUACCAAUCCUUUUGUAGACAAAAUGACAUCAUCCAUGCACAAGAGGAAGGUUUCAGCAGACUUGGGAGAACCCAAACACUUGUGGGGGGGAAACCCCAAGGUUGAACAAAAAUUCCUAUCAGCCCCAGCCAGCAUGGCCAAUGGUUAGGGAUGAUGGGAGUUGAAGUCCAACAACAUCUACAGGGCAACACAUUGUAAACUGUUGUAACCUCCUAUAGAUGGGCUUUUAUCUACAUGAGUAGUGAUACCAUUAAGUUCCUUUAAAAUAUUGAACUUAUGAGGUUAGUGUUUCUCAUUCUUGUUGUUUUACCUAGAACAACACUUGAAUAUACUGACACCUGGAUCUUUUAAGAAAAGAGAACAUAAUAGAAACAUACAACUUGCUUCAUGGCUUUGAAUUGUUUCUCAGCUAGUGCUAAAAUAAUAAUACUCGAGGAAUGAAAUCUCUUCCGAUUUAGCUCCUAAAAAGAGCAGAUAAUUCUGAUUAUCUUUCCAGCAUCUUCCUUUGUAAAGGCUAGUGGAACUGAGUUGGUUUACCUGUAGUGGCCCUGGUUGUGUUUCAGUUUCUAAAUGAGAAUAGUCUUAAUUGCUGCUGUUAACACUGGGCUUAGAUUAAGGUGUAAUUAAAAGUCUUGGGUUUUCCCCCUAUAGAAUAUCAGAAGAGCCCUGCUGGAGCAGAUUAGUGGCCCAUCUAGUUCAGCAUCCUGUUGUCACAGUGGCCAACCUAUGGGAAGACCACAGUCAGGAUCAGAGGGCAACAGUACUCUCCCCACUUGCAAUUCCCAGCAGCUGAUAUUUGGAGGCAUACUGCCUCUGAAAACACAGCCUGGGCCAUGAGCCUACCACUGAAAUACUCAGAGAAAGUCCUGUUCCAAGUACAGUGGUACCUCCGGUUGCGAAUGGGAUCUCUUCCGGAGGUCCAGUCGGAUCCCAAGGUUUCCGCAACCUGAGGACCGCUUCUGCGCAUGCGUGCGGCAAAACCUGAUCAAAUACUUCCGGGUUUGCCUCUUUUGCAUCCUGAAGUUUACGUAACCAGAGGUACUACUGUACCUCCUUCUCACUUCAUCAGAUCAAACAGGGAUACAUUGGUGGCGGCGGCACCAGUGUUACUUGAAAGGGCCCCACUUUAAGUCCUACUGUUAGAAUCUGUUCCUUUUCAAGUAAGUUUUAAAUUAUCUUGAUUAUCAAUAAGUGUGAUAGUAUGGUUAGGUUUGGCAACUACUCUGGGUUAGAAUCAAUUUUCAGACUGUUUGCUUGCCAGCACCUUAAUGGAUGUCCUUUAUGGAUCUUUGAAAUCUUCAAAAUAUAGCAAAGGUAGGGUAUGGAAAGGAAUACACAUCUAUGGCUACUUUUCUGUGUCAUGUUGCUGAUGCAUAGAGGUUGGAGUGAGUGAGGUUCUUGGUGCCUGUGCAGUUACGCAUCUAAGACUGGCUAUAUACAGAUUGUUACAUGGAACCUAGGGGUUUGCAGAGGUGACUCUGCAACCUCUUUAAAUGCUUUCUUUAUACAUUGCAGUCCUUGAGGGACUGGGUUCUGUCUUGCUCCAUUCCUCCUUGAUAGUGGCUAGAAUAAGUGAACAGCUGGGUGCAUACACAGCACACAUUUAAUAUGUAUAUUCUCCCUAAUUGGCAGUACUAUAUCCCUUGCUCUUAUUUUUAUGAAGCUUUGAUAAUUUUGGGGCAGAUUCGCUCCUCCAUAUUGGGAAAUAAAGGGUUGUGUUCAAUGUACUGUUUAAGUAAACAUUCUCUCAGCAUUGUAACAUGGAAUGUUCUCCUCUUCACCUUCCCUACCAAAAUAUCUUUUUCAUGAGUUCCUGCAACCUUCUGGAGCAGAUUUGGGUGGGAGAGGGGGAAAUUCUGUUGUACAAGCAGAAAUCCUUGCAAUGAUGAGCUGUAGUAGUUGAAUACUGCCCCAAAGCAUUGAAUUAGGGUGGAAUGGAAUAAGCCCGGAACAAUGGUGGGUUUUGAACUGGAUCUGCAAAGGCUGUCUUGUGGACCAUAUCUUGAUAUUAGUCUUAGGGCUUUCAGCAAUGAUUUCUUUUAUGUUUCCAUGUUUUUCACAAUCCUGAGGGAUGGAAGUCUUUUAAAAAUGAAAUCUGAAAAUGACAGUCUAUUUCUCUAGAGUGUGGGUUACUGCAGUUCAUAAACUUGGCUACUUAUAGCUACACAAUAUAUUAAGGCCAUGCUAGAAAAGGUCGAUCUCCUAACUGACAUGGUAGAGUUGUUUGACAGUUCUGGGCCAUUUGUUAUGUACUUUUUAUGUAGCCAAGAAAAAUGUACACUGUUUGGUUAGUUUGGAUGGAGUCUGAUAAUACAUACUAUACCAGUGAUCUUUGGUUUCUUCCAAGAGAAUCUUGUGGGAGAAAUAGAGACUUGUUCCCUUCAGCAUUUUCAGAGGUCAAGAAUGGAAUUCUUUUCUUUGCAUUACUGCCAGCAUUGGGAUGAAGCACAAGCCAAGUGUUUUUCAUAGAAAUACCUGUGAGAAUGAGAAUUUCCCUUUGGGGGGAUUCAAUUGAAAGAUAACAGGCUUCUUAGUUACUCCUUUUCAUAAUAAUAAUAAUAAUAAUAAUAAUAAUAAUAAUAAUAAACAAUAGAAUUUCAUCACUCAGAAUACUAAAAAAGACUUUUGUUGGGGUGUGGUGCUGUGGGUUAAACCACAGAGCCUAGGACUUGCCGAUCAGAAGGUUGGCGGUUCGAAUCCCCGCAACGGGGUGAGCUCCCGUUGCUCGGUCCCUGCUCCUGCCAACCUAGCAGUUCGAAAGCACGUCAGAGUGCAAGUAGAUAAAUAGGUACCAUUCCAGCAGGAAGGUAAACGGCGUUUCCGUGCGCUGCUCUGGUUCUCCAGAAGUGGCUUGGUCAUGCUGGCCACACGACCUGGAAGCUGUAUGCCGGCUCCCUCGGCCAAUAAAGUGAGAUGAGCACCGCAACCCCAGAGUUGGCCACGACUGGACCUAAUGGUCAGGGGUCCCUUUACCUUUAACUACUUCAAGAUAAAUAGCAGGUAAGCUCCUCUUACUGGUUGUCUUGCUAUGGAUCACAAAGGUAUCAUAGGCGUCUUGGCACUGGUUACUACUCUACUGUAGGUGAUCAGACUUUUCUUUAAACAGGUUGCUGUUGCCACCACCAAAUUACCCUUAUACCUUGUAUUUCUGAAUACCUUUGAGACUGAGGGAGCACAUAGUGGAAAGCAUUAUUUCAGGAGCUUUUCUCAGUUACCCUAUCCUUACACAGCUACAGCACUAUUAAGAAGCCUCUCAAAGAUGUGUGUGCUGUAAAAAGCAUCCUGUGUCUACAUUUGCUGACAAUGUUUUUACUAGAGGUCUGCUGUGCUCCACAUAACGUUAUUUAGUCUUCCAUGUGUGUACACACACACCAAAUUCUUAAUAACAGAAUUCAAUUAACAAAAACCCUUUGACAUGUUGUGUUAAAGACUUCCCAUGUCCACUCAAGCUCCAAAAUGCUAGGAAAUUGCAGCUAUUAAGGACCACACCUUUAACAGAUGCAUUAUUUAGGCAGCAUUGGUGUGGUAUCAUUUUCUGUGAUUGGUUCCAGCAUGACCACUAACCUGGAGCUGAAUGGCUUCUGGUGGUAGAUUGGAGGACCUAAGUCCCAGAUUUUUCUGCUCACUGUAAUAGACCCAGGGAUUCUGUGCAACUGAAGCUACCAUUCCACAUUACAAGUACUCAGCUGGCAACCAGCACUCUACCACAAUGUGCUGAGAAAAGAUUUGUUGGCAGACAGCAGUCCUAUUAGUCCUAGCCAAUGUGAGCUUACUGGAAUCUGGCAGAGAAAAAGCCCUGCCAAAGGAUUCUUCCAAGGCUUGUACAGUGCUCAGCAGCAGUUGAUCCGUGUCCUAAAAUAGGGUCUCUCUUGGCAGUUCUUCAGUGGUGAGAAAAGACGGGGAAGGUGUUCAUUCUUUAUGUUACUCCUUAGAUUCUCUACCACUUUUGCAUUGGUAGACAAGUGUGCUUGACCUGUCUUCCUUGCUCCUGUCUGCACGUGGACCUGCUGUAAAUGAUCAGAUCCUAAUGUAUGUGGCUGUGUGUAAUGUUGGUGUUGACAUGUCAGACUUCAUGCAUCUUGCAUGCUCAGUUGUACUUGUGCCGAAAUUUUCAGCUACACUGAGACUUCUUUGGUGAAGUCAUAUUAUCCCUUCAUCAAAUCUUUCUUGUCCAUGUGCCUUCUGUGAGGAACAGUGUGGGGUUGCAUUUAUUUAAGUGAUUUAUAUAAACCUAGGGUGCCUCUAAGCAAUUUGUAAAAAUGGCUACUUCCUCAGCUGGCUUAGGUUGACAGCAUACCAGGGUGUGAAUUUAAAAUGACAGAGGUAAGGUUUAAAAAGGUAAAGGACCCCUGAAUGGUUAAGGCCAGUCAAAGGCUACUAGGGGGUUUUUGGCACUCUUCUGGGUCAUGUGGCCAGCAUGACUAAACCGCUUCUGGCGCAGGGGAACACCGUGGCAGAAACCAGAGCGCACAGAAACGCCAUUAAACUUCCCAUCGCAGCAGUACCUAUUUAUCUACUCACACUGGGAUGCUUUCAAACUGCUAGGUUGGCAGAAGCUAGGACAGAGCAAUGGGAGCUUACUCCAUUGUAUGGAUUCGAACCAUCCCAAAUUGAUAGAAGAUCUGGUCCAUAUGCUGAAAAUGUCCAGGAAGGAGAUGCCUGCAGACAAAGUGUUUCUUCUUUGGUGGUUUGCUGUGUAGCCUUCUCUGAAUUGGCACUGAGACAGAGCUGUCUUUAUAUACAAUGGAAAACCAAGUCUCAUUGCACAGGAACCAGAAUGUCAUAAGGUUGCAUUGCAACCCACAUCAAUUGCCAAAAUCCUGGUUUGUCUCAAUAUUGUCCUCUUCACAUGCACAGGAAUAUUCAUUACAUAGCCCAAGAGUAAGUAGCGAAAGUCCAGAUUGCAUGCAUCAUGAUUCCAACUUGAUCGUCACACCUCACAUCUUCUAGUCUUAACCCUGCUUCUUUCUUCUUAGCCUCCAUAAACAAAACACACACACCCCCCUACCUCUUUUUCUGGUAUGUGGUCGCUAAGAACAUGGCUAAGACUUGAACUGUUAUCUCCAAGGUUAUUGCUAAUGGAACUCCAAGGCUUUAUUAUGCUAAAUUUUUAGACUCUUGACUUUAUGAAAGGCUAGAACAGAAUUAAGAGGUUUGAUACCUGUUUUGAAAUCAUUAUAUAUAAUAAAGAAUGAAUAUAUCCUAAGCAUAUAUUUCUCUAACAAGCAUUGACUGACUCGGUUGUCAAAUUGGCCCUGAUGCUUCUGAUUUAUUGCGGUUGCCAACACAGUAAAACCAUGUUGAAACUGCAUCUUGUAUUCUUUAAUUGUAACACCUGUACUUUGAAUUGGGUGACACUUAAGUAGCAUGGUCAUGUUUAGAAAUGUGUGAGACCAACUCUUGUAAUUCCUUCAUUGUUAUCUUUCCAACAGCUCUGAAAAGUCCAGCUGCAUUUCAUGAACAGAGAAGGAGCUUGGAACGGGCCAGGGUAAGCCACAAGUUAGCUUCAAGAGAGUUACUGCGUUUGUGAUUUUCAAAACUGUUUGCAUAUUCUUCUAAGUGCUUCUCUGUUGAGCAUCUUGCGUGUUUCCAUUCUGCACACCACCUGUGAUAGUUUCUCUUAAUUAUAAACAUGUCUGCACCUUUCAGGUACCUUGGACUUUGCUUGAUUUUCUCUCCAGGUGAGAGCUUGAUAAUACAGAAGCUAAGUGGAAAACGUUGAUUCUUGAGAAAUAAGGAAACUGAAUGCAGGCACCGUGUCUCAUUUUGGGAGUAUUUCAGUUCAUUCCCAAAAGAGCCUCUUGUUAGCUGGAUGAGAAGUGAAUGCACUGGCUGCUGAAUUGUUAUCUUCUCUUUCUCUUUCUCUUUCUCCUUUAACAUUUGUUUAAAGUUAAUAGAAUUAGAGCCUGGGUAAAAUCACUCCAGAUUUGCUAUACAGUUUGUAAGGUGACUGAGGAUUCAAGAUAAGUAACUGACUUUCCCAAAGUUUCCUGAUCAAUAGAUGUGUUUCUCCCUAUACCCAGCAACCUGAGAAUGUAACAUACCACAACAUAAGAAUCUCAAAGCGCUUAGUGCUUUAAGUUCUGUGACCCAUUCUGCUUGAGGUUCUCUGAUACUGCUUAAAUGUUCUGGAGUUAUUAGCCUGUUGCAAUGGCAGGGGUAGUAAAAAUCUGUGGGAAUGUUAUAUCUCAUCAUAUGCUUAAAAAUCCAAGAUAAUUUCCCUGUUAAAAAUCAUGUAUGUUAUUUGCUUCAGUCCUGUCUUCCUACUUGGGUUCAGCAUGCUGUUUUCCAUAUAUAUAUAUUUGCAGACAGAGGACUACCUGAAACGGAAGAUCCGGUCCCGGCCAGAGAGAUCAGAGUUAGUGAGGAUGCACAUUCUGGAAGGUAUGAUUCUUGGCGUGCAGUCUUCUCUUGUAAAUUUUCACCCUUUAUAGAUACAACUUUACAUUCAUGGCUCUUGUAUGUUAAUCUUAUUCAGCUGGGGAUGCCUGGCUGGCGGGUUGGGCCAGUAUUGUUGGUGCGGGUCAGUGCUUUAACAUUGAGCAAAGUACUUUGCUAUCAAGGUCCUCCAGGCACACUGUUUGUAUUCUUGAAUUGCUAUAGAUUUUUGAACAAGUGCUGUGGGUCCCAGCUUUCUCCUUGAGCCCCAUGUACUUCUCAAGGAAGAAAAAGCUAACCAUCCUCCUCACCUUGUGACUUGGGCAGGGGUGGGGCCUCAGAUACAUCAUAGGCACCAGGGGAAGACUUCAAGGACACCAUUGCAUCUAUGAGCAUGGUGCAACCCCUGCAUAUCAUUUAAGAUACCUUUUCUUUAGCCGGGGGGGGGGGGGGAGUGAUGGGUGGCAGGUUAGCAAAUUCUCCAGAGAAUUAUUUCUAAAUGUUUUAAGGGAUGGCAGUAGAAGUUUAGUGUGCUGUUGGAACAGGAUUGGGCAGUUUGUUUGUUGUUGUCAUCAUCAUCAUCAUCAUUGUUACCUGCCCUUCACCAAUGGGUCCCAGGGCAAGUCACAAAAAUGUUAAAUUCAUAAUUAAGAACAGGUAAUAUAAAUCACAGGAACAGAAUUAUUAGAACUUACUUAGGUAUUUUGUUUACACAUCACUGACCGUUGUGCAUCAUUUGCCCAGUUUUCUUUUGGUGGGGGCUUGAGACUUGCAAUAAAUGGAGGCUGGUUUUUACAGGCCAAUUCAAGCUCUUUCUGAGAAAAAAAGAGAGAGUUUACUGUGAGCUACUAACUUAAAAAAAUAAAUAAAUUUCAUGACACUAAAAGAGCAGACCAAACAUAACUUCCAUUGUAUGCAGCUUGCUCUUGAUGGAGGGGAGUGUUCUGCCAACAAAUAGAACUUAGUGGAGGGCAUGUAUCCACGCAGACGGUGAACUGCCAACUUUUUACCGAGGUCAUGUACUUGAGAGGUGAUCAUAUUUUUUGCUGUUCCCCUGAGCAGAGACCUCUGCUGAACCUUCCCUUCAGGCCAAGCAGCUGAAGUUGAAGCGGGCCAGACUGGCCGAUGACCUCAAUGAGAAGAUUGCCCAGCGGCCAGGUCCCAUGGAAUUGGUGGAGAAGAACAUUCUGCCUGUAGAAUCAAGCCUGAAGGAAGCUCUCAUUGGUAAGGCUGGUGGGGUAGGUGGAGGCCUGCAUGUAUGUGUUGGGUCCUGUGGCAGUUUGCUAGCACCUCUCACUGUGCCACUGGACCAAGGAAAGCAGUGUAUACAUUUUAUCCAGCGCAUGUGGCAGACUUGAAGCAGAACCCCAGUGUAUUAAAAACACUAGUUGAUCUCCAUGCCUAUAAAAGCUGCUGUAGGGUGGUUGUCUUCUCUUAGCUUGCACAUUCUGCUUUUCUUCCUAAAAACCUAUCUACUUGUUUACAGCCAUUCAUUUGAGUGGUCCUGCUUUGGUAAGCGAGAGGGGUAAGAAGAGAAAAAGAGAAAGCUGGAAGGUUUGGUCUUCUUAAAAACAAGUAUGAACAGCUGUGUGGUCUGCUAGUGCCAUCCUCUGGCCAGAAGAAUCGCCAUUGUAUGGUCUCUUCAUCGUUAGUUUAGGUAGACUAUUUUGCUGUAGCAUCCUUCAGAGAAGAAAAGGGAAAUAGUUUUGAAUGAGAAAACGUUAAUCUUCUGGGAAGUGUUAGGGAGUAGCGGAAAUAAGCCUGACAUAAAGCAACUCUAGAGGUUUGGAUUGUCUUUCUCCUCCGUCAUACAGUCUUAUAACUCUCCUUUUUCUCAUGUUCUACCCAUAAAAAUGGGCUUUUGGUUCUCUUCUCCCAACCUCCUUUCACAGAAAAAAAAUCUUGUUAAGAAAUACAGGAAUAUUUUUUGUGAAGGAUAUAAAUCGUAAAUAAACACAAGUGUCUAUAGCAGUUAGGCCUCACAGAUUAUUCCUUCUAAUGCUCUUAAAAAAAAAGAAAAAAAGACAACUGCCAAAAUAUCUAUCUCCAGUGCUCCUUUUUGCUUUCAUAAUCUCAACUGUUCAUUCCAGCCUUCAGGCAGGAUAUGACACAAAGCUUGCUCCAGUUUUCCUUACACCUGUCUACAGAGAGGCAGAUGAUGAUAUUCUUGUUAAUCCUGGUGUUAACUAUUUCUUCUCAGGUUGUGACGUUGAUUUUUUAAAAAAAUUGUCUAAAGCUUGUCUGGUUUUUCACUGUCUCAGAUUUCUUGUGAUGUCCAGAACCAUCUUCUGCUAAUCAUCCUUGACCCCUUUCCAUUUGUUUAGUGAAUAAAUGAAAAUUUAUUAUUUUCAGUAGGUCAAGUGAACUACCCAAAAGUAGCAGACAGCUCCUCCUUUGACGAGGACAGCAGUGAUGCCCUGUCUCCAGAACAGCCAGCUAGCCAUGAAUCCCAGGGAUCUGUGCCAUCCCCAAUGGAAGCUCGAGUUUGCGAGUCACUUCCCACCCCCACUACAGCAUCCCCCGCUCAGGUGAGAUUAUUAUAGCCUUGGCUCUUGUGUGCCUUGGUGCCUGCACCAGCCACAAAGGUGCCUUUUCCUGGAGGAUACAAAAAAGUCCUCUGCAAGGAGUGGAUUCCAAAGGAGUCAUUUGUGGAUUAGAGCAGAAACACCUGAAUACUGAAAUUAUGCUAACGAAAGCUUCUAUAUUCCUUUACUUUGGGCUGAAAAUAGUUGAAUGUGAACCCAAAGGGGUAUCCUGUUUGGGGGAGAAAUAAGGCCCUGGCCGUGCUCUGCAGUGGAGCUGAUACUGGGAGCAUAGGAAAUUGCCUUACACUGAAGCCGACCAAUGGUCCAUCUCAUUCAGUAUUGUCCAGACUGACUGGCAGUGGUUUCAGAAGAGACAUUCCCAGCCCUACCUGGGAGAUGCCAGGGAAUCGAACUUGGGACCUUCUGCGUGCAAAACAGAUGCUCUGUUACUGAGCUGUAUCUCUUCCUCUGAAUUGAGCCCAUUCACAGUACUGUUUCUUUGCAUGCAGCUGCAAGUGAGAAGCAACAAAUCUGCAAAAAUGGGAUUUGUCUGCCUUUCCUCUGGGAGUGGCAUGUAAUCGACACAUUUUGACUCCAUAAAGCUGCUUCCAUAUCUUGGAAAGGUGUAGAUAUGGGCAUGUGCAUCUCAUACUUGGAUUUACUGUUGCAGGUCGUGUGUCGGUUGAAAAUCAGUGCAGACUCCAGUGAGACCCCUUUUCUGUCUGAGCAGCCACCAACUCCCCUGCCACCCCUGCCGCCUCCAGUGCCUCCUAAUCUCACCAAUGGUGUUGUUGCUCCUGCUGCCAAACCACUCCCAACCCUUAUAAAGGUACCUUUCUAUAAAGGGGUUAAAUUGAUGGGAUGUGGGCAUGUUUAAGAUUGGGUGGGAAUUGUUGGCCUUGUUCUUCUGUAAUGCUAAACUGCUAGCAGGGAACCUUUUUAAAGAAAAGUCCUUUCCAACUGCUGUGUCCAUAAACGCACCCUUACCCUAUCCCACAUGUAGCAGUUGGGAUUUAGCCUCCCAUUUGCUGUUGUAUUGUUACAUAAUGGGCAUGUAUUCCGCCCCUGCCCCCCCCCCCCCCGGAACAAUUUGUAGUUAAUUCAGCAAAAGCUAACUGUGUGUCCCCUUCUGUGGCUUGUAGCUCUACAUUUUCUGGAAAGGGCCAGUAGCUUGAACCAGCCAUAUGGAACACGACAGCAAAUACUAAUAACUGUUUCUGCAUUUGCACUCUUUAUUCUUACCUUCCCGCUCUUUGAUUCACUUGUGUGUGUUUUCACUUUGAAUAGCAAAGCCAGUCCAAGUCCUCAUGCGAGAAGCCCCAGCGCAGCAAAAAAUCCAAGGAACCGAAACCGAAAGUCAAGAAGCUGAAAUAUCACCAAUACAUCCCGCCGGACCAAAAACAGGACAAAGGAGCUCCUCCCAUGGAUUCAUCUUAUGCCAAAAUCCUGCAGCAACAACAGCUUUUCUUGCAGCUUCAGAUCCUUAAUCAGCAGCAGCAGCAGCACUACAACUAUCAAACCAUUCUGCCAGCUCCACCAAAGUAUGGGUUGCUUCACGCUAUUAUUUCUCUCCCCCCCCCCCCAAUAUCAUGGGCGGUCCUGUGUUAGCAGUAUCCAUCUGUCUCUCCAUCCAACCAAUCCCACCCAAGAACGGGAAUUGUACACCAUCCACUGUCCCCUCAUUCUCAGAGUAACUUGCCUAUGUAGGUAUUGCAAACAUGUUAGUGCUUGCAGCUUUCAGAACUAGCUUGCUUUGUGCAUGUGGGAGAGGUGCUUCGGACAGUCAAGAAGCUGUGAAGUUCUUCAAGAGUUUAGUGUCAGUGUGUUUAAAGUAUUUAGAUAAGCAUUUCAGGUGUGGUUGGCAGUAUGACUUUGUAAGGUUCUUCUAAGUCCUGUCCAUCGCCUCUAACUUGAAAUGGAAGCUUGUGCAUAGAAUUGACUCAGUAUCAGAUCACCAGUAUUCAUUUGAUGUGAAUUCAGUAUACACCGUUGUUUCAUUUUGCAAGUAUAUCUGGCUGUUUUCAUAACAAGCAGAAUAUAGGCAAUGAAGCAAGAUAUCUGAUAUGUCUGCUGUAUUAGAAUAAAAAGGGCAGUCAAUAACAGUUGGCAAGCACACGCCGAGGCUGCCAAAAUUGAAUUUCCAAGCAACCAUGGAGCUGGGAAGGGUCAUUUGUGUAGCACUGUAUCUUGAGGGCAGACUAUUGACCACCUUCUCAAGAGAUCAUAAGGAUGUCCAUUGGGCUUCCCAGUAGUAGCGGCGAAGAACAGAGUGUUGUGAUCAGUUCCGCUGCCCAUGUUCAGCUCCCGCUUUCCUCUCCCUUCAGGCCUCCAGGAGAGCAGCAGAGCAGCAGUAGUGCCCCACCCAUGCGUAGUCUCUCCACUGCUGUCAGCAGCACCUCUUCUGUUUCUUCCAGUUCUAAUGGAUUGAUGCGGCAAAACAGCAACACUCCAGUGGGCAAACCAGGAGCUCUCCCUGUUAAUCUCGACGACAUGAAGGUAAACAAAGCAUCUAUUGGCCAGCUUGGUGUUUCAUGAAGAAAGUGGGGGUAUAAAUGUUACAAGAAAGGGUGAGCACAUAUUUUCUUUUAGAAAGGUAGGAUAUAAAUUUGUUAAAAUAAGUGCUGUUGCUGCUAUUAGCACUGAACUUGAUGGUCAGUAUUGGUAUUCAGACCAGAUGGUUGAAUAAGUAAGUGGCCUUUCUGCUUUUGUGAUGAAACUCUUGGACUGAUACUUGUGGACCUGGCGGCAAGUGGUAAAUGCAAGAUGGAGAACCUGUAGCCCUCAAGAUAUCAUUGAACUCCUCCUUGUGUUAACCCUGAGCACUGGCCACCUUAGUCAUGAAUGAUGGCAGCUGCAGUUCAACAUCUGGAGGGCCAGAGGUUCACCAUCUUUGUGCUAAAUACAGCAUUGCUGCCAGAAGGAUGAUUAUGCCUAUUGAGGCCUGUUCAGUUGUUUAAAUUUUUAAAAGAUGAGCUAGUUAUUUUAAUUACUAUUUUGUAUUGUUCUUACAGUAUUUUAGAUUCUUUUGGAACUGUAUACAUUGCUGCAUACGAAUUGAAGUAGGUGUUGUAAAUGAGAUUGUUCUAGCCGAUACAGCUUUUGAUUGACUGCAAACUGUUUUAUGUUAGGUGGCAGAGCUGAAGCAAGAGUUGAAGCUAAGAGCACUGCCUGUGUCAGGCACCAAGAUGGAUCUAAUUGAGCGGCUCAAGGCUUAUCAGGAGCAGAACGGUGCAGCUGGCCGAGCAGCUGCCGCUCCAAAGCCCAAUACAGCAAUUCUCCCCAAGGCUGCGGAUGUGGUGGUGGCCUUCCCAGCUGCCAGGCUGAGCACAGGGCCUGCCCUGGUCAGCGCUGGCAUUACUUCAGCCGAAGUUGUUGUGGCCACAGUCGCUGGCAAUGGUGUGAUGAAGUUUGGUAGCACAGGCUCGACUCCUCCUGUGUCGCCCACCCCCUCAGAGCGCUCCCUGAUGAGUGCCGGGGAUGAGAAUUCGACCAGUGGGGAUGCCUUUGGGGAGAUGGUGACCUCUCCCCUGACUCAGCUUACCUUGCAAGCAUCUCCCGUGCAAUUUCUGGUGAAGGAAGAGAGCUCCAAAGGCACCACUUGCAGCUUUAAUUCAACAUCAAAGGCAGAGCUCUGCUGCAACAACAGUCAGCAAGACAUGGAGGUCCAGGAUAAAGACCAGAUGUUGCAGGAGAAAGAUAAGCAGAUUGAGGAGCUCACCCGCAUGUUGAAACAGAAGCAGCAGCUGGUGGAGAUGCUGAAGCUGCAGCUGGAGAAAGAAAAGCGGUCUCAGCAGCUCCUGCCUGCCAUGUCUGUUGGAGAAGAGGGCACAGCCACUGUCCCCGAGCCGCUCACUUUUGGCACCCGUGUCAAGAGUGAAAAGGGCUUUCUGAGUUGCCAAUCUUCAGGGCAGCCCAACUGCCAAACCGACCAAUCAAAACCCACACAGACCACUAGCCAAAUGGACACCUCAGAUGAAAGUUCAGUGCCAAAGAAAGCAGUGAUGGUGAAGCAAGAGGUGCCAGCUGCCGAAACUGAGCCGCCAAGCCAGACCUCAAGCUUCUUCAUUGGCCAGCAAGGUGCAGGCUUCAGUAACCUCAUCAAAGGAGCCCCUCCCCCCACCCUCAUCACAGAUUCCACCGGCACUCACAUAGUUCUCACCGUGACCAAUCAGAAUGCUGAGAGGCAGGGCCUCUCACCUCAGGAAAAAGCGGGGAGCCGUCCCUUGCCAUUGAGGGUAGGUAUACAUGCAGUGAUGAUUCCUGAAUCAAGACUGUCUAUCUAACCAGAGGAGGGCUUUCAAACAAUGAACAGACUCAAAUCACAUUGCUUUAGAAUUGAAUAGUUUUAAUUCCUGUAGCUGUGCUUAUAAUUAUAAUUAUGGAAGUGUCGUGUCAGCACAAAAUGAUCUCUACAAAGAAUGGCUGGGAAUUUUCUUUGGGAGUACCAUCAAUGUAUUGAUUGGCUGAUUACAAUUACUGAGUUGCCUCAAGGAAGCCCCCCGUCACUGCCAUCCCUCUUCUGCCCACAGGCUAGAGCCAGGUUUUUCCCCUCCGGCCCUCCCUGCAGGCAGGCUGGACUACAGUAUAGUGUAAACUUAACUUUUAUGUGCACUGGAAAACUAAAAAAAAAGUGUAACUUGCUUUAUUGUAAUACUCAAUUUAUUGCAGUGGUCUGGAACCGAACUCACAAUAUCUUGCCUGCACAAUUUAAGAACACAGCCUCUCUCACCAAAGGAACUACUCCUGGUUUUUCAUAGCUCUUGUGCAGAGGCUCUUCAAAAUGUAUUUUCUCUCACAUCUUUUCAGCUCCUUUGCCUUGAGCAGGUUCUCAGUCCUUUGAACUCACCUCUACACAGGACCUAAUUUGUUCCUGAACAGACCAGGAUAGAAGGCUAAUCUUGCCUGCAGAAUUCCUUUCCAGUUUUACUUUCUUUCCUCGCAGCAACUCUUUUGUUCUUUGUUUAUAUUAUUAAAACACUAUUCCAGGGUAGAGCUGGAGUGAGUCAGAGCUGAGCUAAAGCUUCCCCAGAAAACUCAAGUAUCUCGGUGGGGUGAGGGGAGAGAAAAGGCCCCCAAACAGCAGCAGCUCUUUAAUUUCAUCUCUGGGGUUUAUGAGGCCUGGUAAAGUGAGCAGAAGUUGAAGACAGGAGAAGGGCCCUCCUGAGGUGUAGAGUCAGUGAGAGCAUGAACAAAAUGGGUGUGUGGCAGAAUUACUGGUUCAUCAGCAGAAGAGCUGGUCUGACAGUGAAGGAAAACAUCAGCAGUUUGGGCUUUUAGUUGCCACUUCAUGCUAAAGUCUGCGUGCCAGUGGUGACAGUGGCAACCAUAAUUGUUGAUUCUUGAUUAAAUGCACCUGCCCCUGCUCCCAGAAAUCUCAUUGGGUUUACAAGCCCAGCUUUUAUGCUCCCUGUGACACUGACCCUGCUUCCCCAGCCACCCUGUAGUUAAUACUUCCACACCCAUUCCACUCCUGCGCAUGACUUCUGUCAAUGUCAUUUCAUAUUUAAUUUGUGUCUGCAGCAACUAGCUCUAAAGAUUGAGUGUGGGGUGGUGUGUGUUAAAAACCUCUAAAAUGUUGUGUAUCCUUCUCUCUCAGAGAGUGUCCUCACCACCUGUGAAAGCAUCUAUCCAACAACCUGUAAGCAGCUCUCAGUCGCCUCUGCAGCCACCGCCAAUGGAGCCCACUAAGAAGGUAGGGAACAAAACAGGUGGUCAGCUAACAUUUUGCAUUUUAGGGCAAGUAACACUUUGAGUUGUGCCUGGAAACUAAUUGGUAUCCAGCGCAGUUGUGCCAGAAGUGGUAUUAUAUAUUAGAGUGCUGGACUAGGACCUGGGAGAACAGGGUUUGAAUCCCCACUCAGCCAUGAAUUUUGUUCUGUGAGCCACCCUGAGACCUCCGUGUAUAGGGCGGUAUAUAAUUUCAAUAAAUAAUAUAAAAAAUAAUGAAGCUCAUUGGGUGAUCUUGGGCCAGUCACCAUCUCUUAGCCUAGCCUACCUCACAGAGUUGUUGUGAGGAUGAAAUGGGGAGGAGAACCAUGUACACCUCUUUGAGCUGCAUGACAGAUCAAGAUGGUACAUAAAUGUCGUGAACAAACACCAUCCCACCUUGGUCAAUAACCUGACACCUCUAAGCUGUCUUCAAAGGCAGCUCCACUUACAGUGCACUGCAGUAGUCCAGCCAGAAGCUACCAGAGCAUAGACAAUACAAGUCAGGGACACAGCUGAGCCUCCAGUUGAAGCUGAUAGAGGACACUUAGUACCACUGAUGCCAGUUGAGCCUCAAAUGACAGUAAUGGGUCCAGACAUACUCCCAAGGUAUGUACCUUCUCCUUCAGAGGGACAGUUAUUGCCAUGCUUCUCAUCUAGAAUGUUUCUUUUAGCAUAGAAUCUUUUUUCUUCUUGUUUGCUGAGGAUUAUGCCCAGCUUUGCCUGGGUGCUUUGGGAAUACACUUGGCAUGUGGUACUUCUCUUUCGACCAGCCUGAGUCUGACUUUUUCCUUCUGCUUUCUAUCCCUUGUGCCUCUCCAUAGGUUCAGAAGCCAGGCCUGCAGAUAGUCACGGGGCAGCUGCCUCAAACAGUCUUGUCUUUUUCUUCGCCCCCCAACUUGCAGCCCUUCUUCGUGAAUGGCUUUCACAAAGGACCCAUGAAAACAAGUGGUAAAACUGGCCAGUCCAGCAUGCCCAUAAAGGUACCCUGCCAACAAGCCCCACUCCAAUUCAGAUGAAUAUGUUGAGGAACAUGAGACAAUAGAUGUCAUAGGCCAGGCCUCUAGAAAUGUGUGUCCUACUGAAAUGCUGCUGCUUCCAACAUUCUGUUUUUGUUUAGGGGUGGUAUUUGGAAAUGUAUACAUGUACUUGCUUGUCCAGGGCACUGGGACCUGACCUCUCCUGCUCCCAUAACCGACAAAUAACGGCAGAACUGAAGCAGGGGUGGAUUGGUGGGUAACGUUUCAUGAGAAACUUUGCGCUCUGCAAAAUGUAGGACUUGGAUCUGGCCUGCAGGAAAAUUGCUGUGUUGCAGAAAUGCAGUACUUCCUGAGCCAGGCAAGUCAAUGUUGACUCAGAUGAGGUCAUGCAUUGUAUACCCUUGACCGUGGUGCAAGUAGCUAUGAUGCCUAUGAAGAGGGAAGCAGGAAAGGUAACAUCAGAGGCUCCACUGUGAAUUAUCUGAGAAGGGAGGCUUGUAUGCUGAGGAUGCGUGCAAAUGGCCCAUCUGGGAAUAUUGUUCAUUGCUUUUCUUCUUCUUUCUUCACAGCUUCUCUCGCAGCCAGGAUCUCCAUCUCCUCCAUCUCCACCCCAAAUGGAUCUUGAGCAGCAGAACCCAUCCUUCUUUGGUACUCCACCACCUUUGCCUCUCCCUGCCUCUUCCGUGUUGAUGAAAGAACCACCAGGUUAUGAAGAGGCCGUGAAGCAGCAGCCAAAGCCCCUUGAGGUGAGAGUAGCUCCUUUGUGUUGACAAAUCAGAAGCAUGUUGGUGUUGGUGCUCUUUUGCAAAAAUAGUGCACACUUUGUCAGUCCUGAAAUUCUCAGGAAUCAAAUAUGCAACAGCCUCCCUAGGGUUAGAGCCAUCUUCCAUUUAUUUGAGGUAGGACACAGAUUGCAAGUGUCCACCCUUCAUACCAAGGCUGUGGUUGUGCCAUUUUUGCUAAGUGACACCAACAGUCUGGUGAAUGUGCAGUUUGGCCAGAAGAUCAUUGGAAGAUAAGUGUUGCUGCAUAGUUGGUGAAUGCAAUGUCUAAAUAAGCACCCGUUCCUUCUUUUUCAGGAAAAUGGGUGUUCCAGUCAGCAAAUGGAUGACCUGUUUGACAUCUUAAUUGAGCAUGGAGGUAAGUAGACAAUUUGUAUUUAUGUUAGGGACUUCUGUGGCUUCUGCAGCAGUGAGACUGGCCAUCUGAAAGAGAACACUAAUGAGCCUUUGUUUGAAGCCAGUUUAAGGGACAAAUUUCCUUUGUAGGUUUGUGUGUACACUUGGUGCUGAAAGAGACAUUUGUGCCACUUAGCAGAUUUCAAAAGGAUGUAGCAGCUUAAUCUGCAACAGUGCUCAUGGGUUCUUUGAGCCGUUGGUGCGUGCAGCACUUGCACAGCCCUAAGACUUGUGGCCAUGUUUAGGAGCAGUAAAAAUAUUGCAAGCAUCCAUGGAUUUAAGUGCUUUUUUCUCUCUCUCAGAGAUUUCAGCUCAGUUCAAGGAGCAAUCUUCCCCAGGAAGGAAAGGCGCCACUAUUUCCCCAGGAUGCCCUUCUCCGUCCAACAGCCACCAUUCCUCAGAGCUCCCCCUGCAGGUGCUCAUGAGCCACUCCAGCUCUAUUAAUCCCACCCCAGCAGGCAGGCUGGAAGACUUCUUGGUAAGCAGCACUGGCCUCCCCUUGCUGACAGCUGGCCCUGAUGGACCUGAGCCUCUGUCCCUAAUUGACCUCUACAGCGAGAUGCUAAGCAGUUCAGCUAUCCUGGACCACCCAUCUUCACCUAUGGACACAUCAGAAUUGCACUUUGCCCCUGAGUCUACUGGGGAACCAAGCUUGGACCUGGGAGAGGCUAACUUGGACAGUAUGGAUUGGUUGGAGCUGUCAGGAGGGCCAGUGAUGAGCCUCACCCCCCUCAGUACUGCAACACCUAGCCUCUUCUCCACAGACUUCCUUGAUGGACAUGAUUUACAGCUGCACUGGGAUUCUUGCUUAUAGCUCUCUGAGCAUGCAGACUUCAGGGGAGCGGUACAGCUGGGUUGUAGGACAUGGAUGGGCUCUUAAGUGAAAGUCGCCUCUUUCUUAAGAGCCCUGCAUUUUGACCAGCUUUCAUGAAGCUAGAGCCAAGGGCACGUACCAGUGAUGACUUCUGAUUCAACCUCAGGCAAGCUACCACACUUCUCAUAGCUAUUGGUGGACUAAGGCAUGGUCCUUUCCUCAAAUGUUCAGUGGUCGUAUCGGUUGUAUGACUUGUUGGAGGUUUUCAGAAUGGAAUGCUGCUUCUGGGUGGGGUUGAGGAUUUAGUUAGAAGCCAAGAAUCAAAAGCAGUUUGGAAGAACUUACUGGAGAAACCAGGCUUCCUUCCUGACCUUCAGUCUGCCUUGUUACAAAGCAACUGUGCUUUUUUUUAACUGGGCAAAAGUUAAUUUGGCCAUCUUUGGAGAUGAGGAGGUGGGAGGAUGAGUACAGGACUAGUGAGGUUUCUGCUUAUAUGGAUGAGGAUCCUGUUCCAAGAGCAUUUCCCUAACAAUGCCAUAGUAUAGGUGCUUUCUGCCUGGCAAGAAAGCCAAGCCCAAGUUAUGUGCCACAGCUUAGAUAAUAGCCAUCUUCCUUUGGCUUGCUAAUUCCUGCAUGUAGCCUUUGUUCCACUAAAACUUAAGAGGCGGCUGUAUGCCCUAGCUGUUGUAUAUCACCUGACAUUGUUGUCUCAGGUACUCAGUUGGUUAUGAAUCAAGACAGCUGCAUCGGGGAUGAUACUCCUAGCCCCCUGUAAUAGCUCUGCCACCUCCUCUUAAUAACUCUGCCUAUGAAACCUAGUUGGCUAGAACUUACUUGUUCAAAGUGGUGGCGCUCUGUGAAGUUUGGGCCUUUGGGAAACAUAAGCACUGGAGCAGAUGAGCUGCACUAUGCUCCUGUUCUUAGUGCUUAUGCUGUUCAUGGGUUUCAGUUCAGCUACUCAUCCCAAGGGUUUUCCUGCAUAUGAAGUAUAGCUUUCUCUGAUCUGGAGGUUGGUGUCAUGGGGAUGUCUGGUCUUGGCUGUAGGUUAAGGGUUGUGGCUCCACUUCCGUUUGGAGAGUUCAGCUGAUCUCCGAGAGCAUGAGCACUAACCUCCUCUCUGAGGCAAGUGUUUUUGGUGCUGCUUGCCUAAGGAGUUGCAUGUCUUUCAUUGCACAGAGGAACUUUCCUGUAGCCAUAGUCCCUGCUGCUGUGUGGUUAAGAGAAUGGUUAGAAACCACAGUCUUGCCUCUUGAUACCUGGUUUCAUUUAUAGCUGGUAAAAUUUCUGUAUAUAGCCGUUAUAAAACUUGUUUUGUUUUUGGAAAGCAGAUGAAGUUAUCUACCUGGUUAGGGGGUAGUUACUUCCCUUUAGCUCCUACUGUGUGGUAAACGGUUGGGGAGCUGGUAUUUUAGCCUGUGGUUUGGUGGGAAAGAGGAUUUGGUCCUUAGACUACCAGCUUUAGCCUUAUUGCACAUGUCACUAAAAGGAAAUUGUAUUUCUAUUAGUCUCUUUCCCUCCCAUAGAAAAUACGUAGUUAAAUGUGUCUGCUGGCACUGCCUUUCACCCCAAAGCAGAAGGAAGAAGGGUCCUGUCAUUUGACAGGAUCCAGGAGCCCCUUCUGUUUCUCUUAUAUUUUAUCAAGUCUACAUAACAUAUCCUAAACACCCCCUUUUAUGAUGAAUGGAAUUGAAGAGAAUAUUAGUUAUGUGAUUAGCCAUUAUCCUGAAAUGGCCAACUGCACGUGAGUCUUAUUUCAUUCAGUAAAAUACGACUGUUUUGGAAAUUAGAUUAAUGGCUGCUGAAGGUGGCGUAUCUCUUGUAUACUCUUCAAGACGUACUACUAAUAUUGUCACUCAGUCUAUCACUGAUUGGGAAGGUUGGAUCUAGACUUGGGAUUGUUCACAGUAUAGAAAAGCAGAAUAAGCCAACUUAUUGUGGGGAGAGGAUCUGGUUCAGUAGUAUCAUCUUACCUGUUUUCAGACUAAGAGCAGUUAUUGAGUUUAGGCUGGAAAGUACUUGUUGGCCAGAUCAGGGCUGCUUUAGCAGCAGCAGUGAGUUUGUGCUGAAAGUGCUAUCCCCCAACAGCUGCCUGGUUUUGGAAGGGUAAACAUGUCUAGUGUAAAAUUAUGAAGAAAAGUGCUAUGGGUUAAGCCCAUUGUAGGAAUAUUACUCUUUUGUGGAACGAGAAAGUGACUGGUAUUAAGAUGGGCUUUUUUGCCAGUGUCUGAAAACACAUGGCUUAUAAAAUAAGUUCCCUAAAUUCUCCUUUUAUAUCCCCAAAGUAAAACAAGAGUCUAAGGGUCUUCCUUUGGUUUGAAUGUACGCACUCUUCUGCUGAUAACCACUGCUUGUAUUUGAUUAGCACGCACACUUAUUCCACUAUGCAUCAAUGAAAGGGGUUAUCAGCACCCGCAAGAGGCUUACACAGUGCUAUAGUAUUGGACCUGGAGUGAACAUGCAACUGGAAAAGGGUAUGGAAUGAAUAUUAUGGAUAAAUCAAAUUAUUUUUUCAGUUAUUUGAAAAAUCCAUUUUAUUAAAAAAAAAUUGUGUUGUAACAUCUUUGUACAUCUCAUCUUUGGUCAUGGCAUAAUGGAUACUGAUACGUGCCAUGGUGAAAAGACAGCAAAGGCAUUCAACAUUUGUGGAGGGAUGAAGAGCCAUUUCACGCCAUUGUGACAGUUUCUCCUUCCUAAAAACAGCACCUUGAAAGAAGUGUGGCAAAUUAUCCAGUAGUAGAACAGAAUGCAGCUAUGGGGAAAGGGGCUUGCAAUCUAUUCUCAUCCAGGUCACAGUCAGUAUAUUUUAGCUGACCAGACUGUAACAGUACUAUUCACUGAAUAAGAAACACAAUAUUUCAAGGCUGAUUUACUUAAUAUUCAAAUCCUAGAAUCAUUCGCAGAAGUGUCAAUUUUUCCUUCCAACUACUAAUACUUCCACAUAACUCAGGAGAACAGAAAUAAGGCUAAAGGCAUCUGAAAAGCAGUCCUACUUCCCUAUUACUGUCUUAGUCACAAGAUGUGCAAUUUACUUAGAAACCAAAAUGACAAGUGAUUGUGCUCCUGUCUUGCAGCCUCUACCAUCAUCAUCAGUGUAGGUUGCAGUUGACUCCCUGAGCCAUCUCGGUCCUGAAUCCAUUUCCUGCUAAGCUACAUCAAAAUAUACAAAGAUUUCUGGAUACAUUUUACAUCUUUUGGUAAUCUCUCUCUUUUUUUACAAAGUUCCAGGCUAAAAUGAACUGAUGCUGUUCAGCUAAGAGCCAGAAUUAAAGGCUAGGCUCCUGCUGCUCUACCCAAGGCAGUUUUAAACCAGCUAGCCAUUUUAGGCACUUUGUGGCAGUAGCCCAGCCAUUCCUGCACUUGUAGCACCUGGGAAAACUAGUCAUGAAUCACAGUUUCUCUUUCAGACACACACUAAUAAGGGGUGUUUCACAUGUUAGCGUAUGUAAGAAAAUUAACAUCAUGAAUAAAGUGAGCCUUGGAGGAACUUGG